CCCGCCCCAGAGAAGCGGCGCCUGCGCAGCGCCCGAUCGCCGGCGGCUCCGCACUACCCGCUAACUAUUCGCAAUCGACCGACGUCUUGGUUGUUGGACUGGGUUAUAAUGACUUGACUUCUGCUAAAUGAACCCGUGGACUAGUAUAAGUUUUUCGCAGUGGCGUUUUUAUUUCAUAUCGGGCGAGCACCGCUAAGGACCUAUAGCGUCGAGUGAGAGUUUUUUCGUGCUUUGUGGCUGCGGUGGCGUGAUGGAGAAGCAGUCGAGGUGGUCGGAGCAACGCUCCGUGCAGCAGCACUCCGAGCGCCGCGAGCAGAUCGUGCAGCAGCAGGAGCACGUCCAGCGGACGCAGCACUUUACUCAGAUGCUCACGCAGCAAGUUGGAACAGUUGGUGGCGAGCGUGUACCCAUCACUGCUGGAAGGCCAGGGGAACCGUCUCCACCUAUAUUUGAACAAAUAUUUAAGAAUGCUAGAUUUGCCCAAGGUGGUAAUGCGAAAUUUGAAGGGAAGCUGAGAGGUAAUCCAACGCCAGUAGUAUCGUGGACCAGAAAAAAAGCACCAUUAGUAGAAUGUAAUAAGUACAGUAUGAUUUACAAUGAACAGACUGGUGAUGUUUCGUUAUUAAUCAAACAAAUUGGACCCGGUGAUGAGGGAGAAUAUACAUGCACAGCAAGAAACCAGUAUGGUGAAGCUAUCUGCUCUGUGUACAUACAACCCGAGGGUGUACCUGUGCCUACGCAACAAGCAUCUCAACAACAAAGUUACAGACACGUUAGUGAAAGUGUUGAACACAAGUCAUAUGGAACUCAUGAAUAUAUGACAGGACAAUCACAACAGUCACAAAAAUUUGCGUAUACAAAUGGCACUGACCAUUCAGCUUCUGAAGACUUUAAAGUUGAUACCUUUGAAUAUAGGCUGUUAAGAGAAGUUUCCUUCAGAGAAACAAUUACGAAAAGGUAUAUCAGCGAAAGCGAUAUCCAGGUUAGUACAGAAAUCGAUAAGUCCCUAGGACCUGUAGCUCCACCAAAAAUUACUCAAAAGCCAAGGAACUCUAAACUUCAAGAAGGUACUGAUGCACAAUUCCAAGUACAACUCUCCGGUAAUCCCAGACCUCGUACAACGUGGUUCAAGAAUGGCCAAAGGCUAGUAAACUCUGCAAAACAUAAUAUAAUAAACACAAACAAUCAAACGAUACUUAGGAUAAGAAAUGUACAAAAGUCUGAUUCUGGUCACUAUACUUUGCUGGCUGAAAAUCCUAAUGGAUGUGUCGUUUCAUCAGCGUACCUUGCUGUCGAAUCACCUCAUGAGACAUACGUACAAGAUCAAAAAUCUCAGUACGUAACGGAUCAGCAAAUUGAGACUGAAAGAAUAGAAACUAGUGAAAAAGCUCUCGCUCCGCAAUUUGUAAAAGUCUGCCAAGAUCGCGAUGUCACGGAGGGCAAAAUGACGCGAUUCGAUUGCCGCGUCACCGGCAGACCUUACCCAGAAGUCACGUGGUUCAUUAAUGAUAGACAAAUUCGAGACGACUACAAUCAUAAAAUUCUAGUUAACGAAUCUGGUAAUCACGCUCUAAUGAUUACCAAUGUCGACCGUAGUGAUAGUGGUGUAGUAACAUGUGUCGCAAGAAAUAAAAGUGGAGAAAUUUCUUUCCAGUGUAGAUUAAAUGUAAUAGAAAGAGAACAGGUGGUCGCUCCAAAAUUCAUUGAACGUUUUACUACUCUGAGUGUACGUGAGGGUGAACCUGUAAUAUUGAAUGCCCGUGCUAUUGGCACGCCUACACCACGAAUCACAUGGCAGAAGGACGGUGGUCCGAUUAUACCCAAUCCUGAAUUACGAAUUAAUACCGAUGGUGGGGCCUCGACAUUGGAUAUUCCGCGAGCUAAGGCGUCGGAUGCGGCGUGGUAUCAAUGCACGGCUCAGAAUGUCGCAGGUUCCACCGCCACUCGGGCGAGGCUCUACGUUGAAGUUCCUAAGGAGCCUCCGCCUGAACAAAAACGUCUGCACUUACCGCGGCCUACAAAAAUAAUUGAGCCAGAGCCUGCACCUGGACCCGAAAUUAUAUAUUUGAGGCACGUGGAAAGAGCUCGACCAUAUGUCCCUCCUGGCGAGGAAGAUCGAAUUUACCCACCGCCGCAGUUUAUUGUGCCUCUUAGAAGUGUCACUCAAACUGAAGGUGGAAAAAUACAUUUCGAGACGAGAAUCGAACCAGUGGGUGACCCCACCAUGAAGAUAGAAUGGUUAAAGAAUGGUCAAAGUAUAGAAGCCAGUUCCAGAUUUACAUCAAUCUUUAGGUUUGGUUACAUAUCUCUUGACAUGCUCAGUCUUAAUAUUCAAGAUAGUGGUGAAUAUACAUGUAGAGCUGUCAGCUCUACGGGCAUUGCAGAAACGAAAGCAAUGCUACAAGUUACUCCAAGGGCCACUAUUGAACGCACUAGUCAACAUCCUGAAAGUUUACAGUAUAUACAACACUUGGAAGAUUACUCUAAAUAUCAACAUCAGGAGUCUAUUGAAGAACAAAUAUCACAACGCCCACAAUUCAUAAGGCCACUUCAAGACCUUGGUGAAUUACAGGAAGGUAGGAACGCUCACUUUGAAGCCCAAUUAACGCCUGUGAGUGAUCCAACGAUGAGAGUGGAGUGGUACAAGGAUGGCAAAUCGAUCACAGCCAGCUCGCGAAUCACAGCAAUCUUCAACUUCGGAUACGUCUCCCUUAACAUCAUGCACCUACGGGUUGAAGAUGCAGGUUCGUACACAGUUAGGGCUGUGAACAAACUUGGUGAAGCCAUCAGCACUGCAACUAUCAGAGUUGCAGCAAGAAGUACCGUGACUGAAGAUCUCGGUAUACCUGAACAGAGAAGAUACAUAGAAAAGACUGAGCAACUUGAAGCUUAUCAACAACAACAACAUCAGAGAUAUUACCAAGAAGUACCUGAAAGUACGCAACGACCAGAGUUUAAAACUCCAAUCAAAGAUCAGAUGAACAUUAAGGAAGGUGGAUUCGCCCACUUUGAAGCUCGUCUUGAGCCAGUUGGGGAUUCUACGUUAAGGGUAGAGUGGUUGAAGGAUGGACGCGCUGUUGAAGCAAGUUCAAGAAUAACCACAUUCUUUAAUUUUGGAUACGUAGCUCUGACUAUUAAGUCUGUUACCAUUCACGAUGCUGGUAACUAUACAUGUAGAGCCUAUAAUGCUUUAGGCCAAGCGACAACUAGUGCUAAUUUGACAGUUGUUACAAAGAAGGAUAUUAUAGCUGAAUCUCAACACCCUGGAGGCUUAGAAAAGAUUCAGUACUUAGAAGAUUCUAGCAGGUAUUUAAAACGAUCAGAAGAAGAGGUUAAAGUAACUCAAAAGCCUAGAUUUUUGGGGCCACUUAAAGGAACUAACAAGAUUGUCGAGGGACAAAGCGCUCAUUUCGAAGCAAGAGUUGAGCCUCAGAGCGAUUUGACUAUGAUAGUAGAGUGGUACUUUAAUGGAAAGCAAAUAAAAUCGGCUAAUCGCAUUCAGACAUAUCACGAUUUUGGCUAUGUAGCCCUGGAUAUAACAAAUGUCAGGGCUGAAGAUGCUGGUGUCUACACAGUUGUUGCGAGAAAUGCUUCUGGAGAAGCUCAACUGAGCGCUUCUAUGGUUGUUGAAACGCGAUCCAGCAUCGAUACCUCGAGCAUACACCAUGGUUUAUAUGAGAAAACUCGUCAAAUGGAAGAAUCAAAGUUUGUUGAACCAAUGUACCACAUAGAAGAAAUCUCGAAAUCCAAACCAGUCUUCGUGCAACCCUUGUCAGAUCCUAAAUCGAUUUCAGAAGGGAAGAACAUUCAUCUUGAAUGUCGUCUUGAACCCAUGGGCGAUCCUACAAUGAGAGUUGAAUGGUAUCAUAACGGCAGAGCUGUAACCGUGGGCUCACGGUUUAGAACCUACUAUGACUUCGGUUUCGUAGCUCUUGAUAUAAUUCAUGCCACAUCGUCAGAUUCUGGUGAAUACACCGUAAGAGCUGUAAAUCAUUUGGGAUCUGCGCACACAUCGGCUAUGGUACGUGUAAUUGAAAGAUCAGACAUUGUGACGGAUACUCAACACGAGCAAGCAGUUGAACAGAUCCAAAUGCUUGAAGACGCAGCGCGUCGUACCAGACAAGUGCAAGAAGAUAUAACAGUGAUGCAAGCGCCUCAAUUCUCAAGAGCAUUGCACAAUAUUGAAACCAUAGAAGGAACAAACGUGCAUUUAGAAUGUCGUUUACAACCCGUUGGAGACCCAACUAUGAGAGUAGAAUGGUUCUGUAAUGGCAGGCCCAUAAAGACAGGACACCGAUUCAGACCUGCUUAUGAAUUUGAUUAUGUCGCUCUUGACCUUCUCAGUGUCUACCCGGAAGAUUCUGGUGUCUACACAUGCCAAGCCACUAAUCAGUUGGGUGAAGCGGUUACGUCAUGUGCAUUAAGGGUCAUGGCGAAAAAGGAUUUAAUCUUUGAAUCCCAACAUCCUUCUGGAUUGGAAAAGAUACAAUAUCUAGAAGAUGCCUCACGAUACAAAAAAUCUGAGGUGAUCGAUGAGUCGAUUCACGUGAAGCCGCGCUUUGUCACUAAACCAAAGUCGGUUGAAAAUGUAAAAGAAAGACAGCAUGUCCAUUUUGAAUGUAAAUUAGAACCCGUCACAGACUCAAAUUUAAAAGUUGAAUGGUUCAAGAAUGGCCAACCAGUAACGAUUGGUCACAGAUUUAGACCUAUUCAUGACUUUGGUUAUGUAGCGCUGGAUAUCAUUGAUUGUAUUGCAGAAGAUUCUGGAAUAUACACAUGUCGUGCUGUAAACUUACUUGGAACCGACGAAGUAAGCUGCAAGCUUACUUGCCGUGAAACUGCAGAUAUUAUUCGCGCCACUCAAAAUGAAGCCGGAUUAGAACAAAUACAUGUAUUAGAAGAUAGAUCUCGGUAUCAAAGAAGCGAUUUUGUCGACGAAGUAACGACACAAGCGCCCUUAUUUACAACAUCUUUGAAAAACAUUGAAAUAAAAGAAGGACAACGAGCCCACUUCGAGUGUAGACUGAUUCCAGUUUCUGAUGCUACGAUGAAGGUAGAAUGGUAUCACAACAGCAAACCCCUGAAGAGUGGAUCUAGAUUUACUGAAACCAAUAAUUUUGGUUUUGUUGCGCUUGACAUCAUGUCUUGUUUACCGGAAGAUUCCGGAGUUUAUACAUGUAGGGCCAUUAACGCUCUUGGAGAAGCUGUCACUUCUGCAACAGCUGUAGUACACUCGAAAAAAUCGAUUUAUUUGGAAUCACAGCACCAAGAGGCGUUGCCGCGGCUGCACCAGCUAGAAGAUACUUCGAGGCACCAUAAGCCUAGCGCCCCUGAAGAUGCUGUGUCACAAGCGCCAGUAUUUACUUUGCCUAUGCGAGAUAUUAGAGUAGCCGAAAACCAAGCAGCUCACUUUGAGGCAAGAUUAAUUCCUGUCGGUGACCCAAGACUGAAAGUAGAAUGGCUGCGCAAUGGCGUACCUAUUACAGCCUCAAACCGCAUAACCACAAUGCACGACUUUGGUUAUGUUGCUCUCAAUAUGAAGUAUGUUAAUCCCGAAGAUUCAGGCACUUACACUUGCCGUGCUGUAAAUGAGUUAGGACAGGCGGUGACCUCGUCGACUUUAUUCGUACAAUCUAAAGCAUCCCUACUCUUAGAGUCCCAAAACCAAGCGGCUUUGCAAAAGAUUCGUCAGCUGGAAGAUACAUCAAGAUACCAGCGUAAAGAAGAAAUUGAAGUUGCAGUUAACCAAGCCCCUCGUUUUGUAACACAAUUGAAUGGCCCUAGCAAGUUAGUUGAAGGCCAAAGUGCGCAUUAUGAAUGCAGAAUUGAGCCUUACCCAGAUCCAACAAUGCGAGUGGAAUGGUACUUUAAUGGGAAGGUUCUUCAAAGUGGCCAUCGUUACCGUACGGCCUUUGAUUUUGGCUUUGCGGCACUCGAUAUAUUAACUGUGUAUGGAGAGGAUUCUGGGGAAUACACGUGUAAAGUUAUCAAUAAUUUAGGACAAGCAACUUCGUCCAUUAACUUGAAUGUGCAAUCUAAAGAAUCAAUCAUUAGAGAUACGCAACAUGAAAGUGCCUUAGAAAAGAUCCAGUACCUUGAAGAUGACAGUCGCUACAAGAAGGUGGUCCAUGACGAGAGCUUUAUUGCAGAAAAGCCUCAAUUCGGUAAACCAAUUAAGAACGCUGAAGCGCCCGAAGGUCAACCGAUACAUUUAGAGGCUACUUUAACCCCAGUGAAUGAUCCUACAAUGCGAGUUGAAUGGUAUUGUAAUGGAAGGCCUAUUCAACAAGGUCAUAGAUUCAAAACAACGUAUGACUUUGGAUACGUGGCUUUAGAUGUGUUGUACGCUUACGCCGAAGAUUCCGGAACGUACAUGUGCAAAGCUAGAAAUGCUGUUGGUGAAGCUGUUACCACAAGCUCUGUGAAAGUAGAUGCUAAAGCUGGCCUAUACCUUGAUACAUUGGAUGAGCAACGUCUCAGGAAGAUUCAAGAGCUGGAAAAAUACGAAAGACCUAAACCGAUUGAGGAAGAACGACCAGGUCAAAGGCCCGUCUUCUUGACACCACUAACAAACCUUGAAAACCUGAAAGAAGGUGAUCACGCUCAUUUCGAAUCGAGAGUAGAACCCAUCAACGACUCAGAUCUCAAGAUUGAAUGGUUCCUUAAUGGCCAAAAAAUUAAGACUGGCCACAGAUUUAGAACGACUCAUGAUUUCGGUUAUGUUGCGUUGGAUAUUUUGUACACAUAUGCAGAAGAUUCUGGCACUUACAUGUGUAAAGCGACGAACAAACUUGGAGAAGCAGUUAAUACCUGCACGUUAAAGGUUGCAGGGCACAGAAAUAUAAUUUUAGACACUCAACAUCCUAAUGGGCUUGAGAAAAUCAGGCAGCUUGAAGCCCAAGGGCACACAUCCAGAAUGGAAGUAGAAGAACCCAAAGCAUACCCACCGAGAUUCGUUACUGAAUUGAGAGGAACGACACAUGUAUUUGAAGGACAAACUGCUCAUUUCGAGUGUCAAGUUGAACCUGUCCAUGAUCCCAACUUACGUAUAGAAUUCUACCAUAAUGGUAAAGCUCUGCAAUCUGCGUCACGAUUCCAUAUCACUUUUGACUUUGGUUACGUGUCUUUGGAUAUACAGCACUGCGUACCAGAAGAUGCUGGUGAAUAUUCAGUUAAAGCAAUAAACGCUCUCGGACAGUGUACUUCCACAAUAUCCAUGACAGUAACCGCAAAAGGAAGCAUUAUUUCGGAAUCUCAACGUCCAGAAGGCUUAGAAAAGAUCCGAGAAUUGGAAUCUGCUGAACCAUUUAAGCGACCGGAAAUCCCAGAACCUGUGACGAGACAAAGGCCAGUGUUUACACAACCUCUUCAAAAUAUUGACAAUAUCCAGGAGGGCCAGACUGCACACUUGGAUUGUAGGUUGAUACCCGUUGGCGAUCCUACCCUUAAAGUGGAAUGGUUUAGGAACGAGAAACUUAUCGCAGACAGCUCUCGAAUAACUAAAACUCAUGACUUUGGAUUCGUGUCCAUGACAAUUAACCACGUUCGCGAUGAAGAUGAAGGAGUCUAUAUGUGUAGAGCAUCUAAUUUACUUGGAGAAGCUGUGACCACAGCUGCAAUGAAAAUCAAAACUAAAGCCGCUAUCCAAUUGGAAACCCAACAUCCAGAGGGUAUGAAAAAGAUCCAAAAGUUGGAACAACCCCAACCCAAAAAAGGCGAGGAACCUGAUAGAGAAUUUGAAAAACCAAUAUUCACGCAAGUUCUAACGGGACCUUCAGAAUUGUGGGAAGGCCAACAUGCUCAUUAUGAAGCCAGAGUUGUACCCGUUGGCGAUCCAAGUUUACGUUUCGAAUGGUAUAUUAAUGGAGUCGAACUUAAGAUGGGUUCGAGAUUCCGUACUACUCACGAUUUCGGUUUUGUCACAUUGGACAUCAAUUCAGUUGUAUCUAAUGAUGCCGGCUUAUACAUGUGCAAGGCUAUUAACAAGGCUGGCAGUACAGUAUCGUCAACUUCACUUAAAGUGAAGACAAAAUCUACUAUUAUUGACCAGGCCAUGCGACCUGAAUCAUGGGAGAAGAUCCAACUUAAGGAAGCAUCUAUGAACCAAGUCCCCGAGAGAUUUGUAGACUUGGGAGUACAACAAGCACCUAUAUUCACCACACACUUACAAAGCUAUGAUAAGCUCGUUGAAGGACAACAUUUGCAUCUUGAAGCCCAAGUGGAGCCACGUACAGACCCUCAUUUGAGAAUUGAAUGGUUUAAAAAUGGAGUUUCUUUAACCACAGGUUCCAGAAUUAAGAGUACUUUCGACUUUGGCUUAGUGACGUUGUCUAUAAAUAGUUUAAGACACGACGAUUCUGGUAUCUAUACCUGUAAAGCCGUGAAUCAAAUGGGAGAAGCUGUUUCUACAGCAUCAAUAAAGAUUGAAGAUCGUCAUUGGUUAAUGGGUGACACUCUACACCCUGAAUCUUUAGACCGUAUUGGCGCCUUAGAACAACCGAAACAAACUAAACCAGAUUCUCCUGAACCUGUCUAUGAAACUCCUGUUUUUAUUACUCAUUUGAACAAUAUUCUCUGUAAAGAAGGAGACAACAUUCACUUCGAAUGUAAUGUGGAACCAUCGCGCGAUCCAACUCUUAAAAUUGAAUGGUUCUUUAACAACAAGCCUUUGCCAUCGGGUACAAGAUACAAGAGUACACAUGACUUCAGUUAUGUAUCGCUUGACAUAAUGCAUACGUACGAGGAGGAUUCAGGAAUAUACACAUGUAAAGCCACAAACAAUAAAGGAUCUGCUACAACAUCAGGCACCUUAAGAUGUACUGGUGAUAAACAAAUAUAUCUUGAUACUCAACAUCCUCAAGGCAAGGCUGGUUUAGAAGCCGUGGAACAAGCAGAAGAAGCUAGAUUAGCUAAAUCAAGACGAUCAUCUGUACCUGACACUGAAUAUCCGAAACCAGAAUGGAUUGUUCCGAUUGUGGCUGAAUGUCAACUUGUAGAAGGUCAACCACUUCACUUGGAAGGACAAGUUGAGCCAAAGGAUGACCCGGCCCUUAAGAUAGAGUGGUACUUUAAUGGCAAAGUGUUAGAACAUGGUUCGAGGUUUAAGCUUGCUAGCGAUUUCGGCUUUGUUACUUUAGAUGUGACUGAUGUAUAUGAAAGAGACAGCGGCAUCUAUACUUGUAAAGCAUACAACAAGAGAGGUGAAGCUUUCACUUCUUCGACUAUUUACUGCAGUAGCAAGGAUAACCUCAUUGAACGUACUCAACAUCCCAAAGGCAAAGAAGGUUUGGAGAAGAUUCAAAACCUUGAAGACUCUCUCAGAAAGGAGCCCUCGCAGAAGCCUGAUGACGAUACAGGUCGACCACCUGAAUUUACUACGGUAUUCCAAGAUAUUUUUGAUAUUAGUGAAGGACAGAUUGCCCACUAUGAAGCAUCUCUCAUACCGACCGGUGAUCAAACUAUGGUCAUUGAGUGGUUCUAUAACGGAAAGACCAUUGAAGCUAGUCACCGUAUUCGCACCGUAUAUGCCUUUGGUAUGGUUGUUUUAGAGAUCCUUGGAACAAAGACCACUGAUUCUGGUAUUUAUUCAUGCCGUGCCACCAACAAGUGGGGUCAAGCUGAAAUAAGCGUAAAACUUGAAUGUGUUGACAAAAGUAAAGGGCAAAAACCAAAGUUUACGACCCACAUACAAAAUAUUGAAGGUCUUAAAGAUGGUCAAUCAGCUCACUUUGAAUGCACAGUUGUGCCGGUAGAUGACCCUGAUAUGAAGAUUGAAUGGUAUCAUAACGGACAACCUUUGCGACACUCUAACAGAAUUAAAACUAUUUCUGACUUCGGUUUUGUAGUGAUGGAUAUAGCUUACACCCAAAACCAUGACACAGGAGAAUAUGUUUGUCGGGCAUAUAACAAAUACGGUGAAGAUUUCACCAAAGCGACGAUAAAUUGUUAUGGAAGAAGUGGAGUUUUCUCAGACAGUUUACAGCCAGAUUCCUUAGCUAAAAUCCGAGAGUUAGAAAGUUUACAAGGUUUACAACAUCAAGCACCAGCACCGGCUUCUGCAGUACCUCCUAAAUUUACAACUCAAAUAGAAGAUGUCACGAAAUUAGUGGAGGGGCAAAGUGCUCACUUUGAAGCGAGACUGAUACCAGUGGAUGACCCCGAUCUGAAAGUUGAAUGGUACUAUAACGGAAAGAAAUUACCACAUGGACACCGAUACAGGACUUUCCAUGACUUCGGUAUUGUCAUAUUGGAUAUACUCUAUUGUUAUGAAGAAAACUCUGGUGAAUACGAAUGCGUUGCGACCAACAAAUUGGGCCGCGACUCAACAAAGGCUACAUUGAAGUGUACAUCGAAGGAAAAUUUGAUCUUGGACUCGCAACUACCGCGGGGCAUGGAGGGUGGAUUAGAAAAGUUACAGACCCUAGAAGAUUCAAUGAUACGAAGAAAGGAUGUCGAUGUUACAGAAACGAAGGGCAAGGCGCCAGUAUUUACCGUUCCAUUAUCUAACAUCGAUAACCUAAGAGAAGGUGAAAACGCUCACUUUGAAGCUCGUCUCACACCAACUGAUGACCCCAAACUAAAGAUUGAAUGGUACUGGAAUGGAAAAUCUUUGAAAGCUGGUUCGAGGUUUAGAACUUUCUGCGACUUUGGUUUUGUUAUUCUUGAAAUAUCACCUACAUAUCCAGAAGACUCUGGAGAAUAUAUGUGCAGAGCCUACAAUAACUACGGUGAAGCUGUCACCACUGCCACAAUGAAAGUACAAGGCAAGAGGAAUAUUAUAUUGGAAUCCCAACUUCCUAAAGGUAUGGAAGGUACUAUUGAUAAGAUUGCAGCUUUGGAAGGCUACACCGGGACUGCUGAUAACCUAAGCCCCGAAGUUGAAAGCGGUAACCCACCCGAAUUCGUAACAACGCCAUCUGAUGUUAUUUUAACUGAGAAUUCUUCGGCUCAUUUCGAGUGCCGCCUAAUUCCCGUCAAUGAUUCCAGUAUGAGAGUGGAAUGGUUCCAUAACGGUAAACCACUUCUUACUGGAUCCAGAGUAAAGACUAUCAACGAUUUCGGCUUCGUGAUCUUGGAAAUUGGUGGUGUGUACCAACGUGAUGCUGGUCUAUAUACUUGCAAAGCUACGAACCGUCACGGUGAGGCAACGGUUUCUUGUAAACUACAAGUUAAAGGUAGACAAGGCAUUAUAUUAGAACCUCAAUUGCCGUCGCACUUCAAAUCGGGUACAGAAAGUAUCCAAAAACUGGAAGAAACACUUCAUAAACGAGAGGAAAUUCCAAUUGAAGAUGAGCAACCAAACCCACCGAAGUUUAUCGUGGAAAUUAAGGACAACCUCGAUGUAGCCGAAGGUGGACCAAUUCACUUUGACUGUCGCGUAGAACCAGUUGGCGACCCCACAAUGAGAAUCGAUUGGUUCCACAAUGGCAGGCCUUUUGCAACAGGCUCCCGUGUCCACAUGCUAAAUGAUUUUGGAUUUAUAGCUCUAGACAUUGAUUACAUCUACGCUAGAGAUUCAGGAGAAUAUACAUGUCGUGCAACUAAUAAAUGGGGUUCAGCCACCACUACCGCUAAAAUCACAUGCAGCACCAAGCGAGAUAUCAUUUUCGAAUCUCAGUUACCGCAAGGAAUGAGCGGAGAGAAGAUUAAGGAACUGGAAAAAGGUCGCAUAAGUGACGGACCCAAAGAAGAACCUGUCAUCAAUAGUCCACCAAAAUUCGUGACCCAGAUAAAAUCACACACAAUCGAAGAAUCUGAGUCUAUAAGGUUCGAAUGCCGCGUAGAACCCAAAGAGGACCCUAGGCUACGUAUCGAGUGGUAUAGAAACGGUAAACUAUUGCCAUCUGGACACCGUUUCCGCACAGUGUAUGACAUGGGCUUUGUGUCAUUGGAUAUUCUAUAUGUAUACUCCGAAGAUUCUGGAGAAUAUGUUUGCCGCGCUGUUAACGAUUUCGGAGAAGACUUCACUAAAGCAACAGUGUCUUGCAAACGCCUACCUGAUAUCAUUCUACAAAAUCAAGUUCCCAGAGGCAUGAAGAAGACCGAGGCUUUAACUCAAAUGGAGGCUACUAUUAAAAAAUACACUUCUGAAGUGUUCUUAACUGAGGAAGAUCUAUAUGACGUUGAUAAAAAGCAACCACCUCGGUUUGUUACACAAAUCCAAAGUCAAACAAAUCUAGUAGAAAUGGAAAUGACUAAAUUCGAAUGUCAGCUGGCGCCAGUGGGAGAUCCCAAUAUGAAAGUAGAAUGGUUCUUCAAUGGCAAACCGCUGCUUCACAAAAACCGUUUCACGCCGAUCUACGACUUCGGCUACGUCGCUAUGAAUUUCGGCUGGGUGUACCCAGAGGACAGUGGCGAGUAUCUAUGUCGUGCGACUAACUUGUACGGAAUGGACGAGACUAAGGCAGUUAUCAAGACCGCAGGAAAGCCGGGAAUCGUUUAUGACUCACAGUUACCGAAACAUAUGAAGAGUAUCGAGAAGAUUCGUGAAAUGGAGGCAUCAUGGCAGGCGGUACCAGAAAAACCCGGUGAUGAGGUUAAGGAAAGGACGGCGCCAGUAUUCGUCAGCAAACCCGAACCAGUGACGGUAGAGGAAGGAGAAUGGGCCAGAUUCUGCUGCCGCGUAACCGGACAUCCGAAACCACGUGUUAUGUGGCUUAUAAACGGCAACACUAUUGUCAACGGCUCUAGAUAUAAACUGACAUAUGAUGGCAUGUACCACUUCGAUAUACCAAAAACAAGGCAAUACGAUACGGGUAAAAUUGAAGUAAUUGCCAGGAGCUCCGUAGGCGAGGCUCUUGCUACGACCGAACUUAAAAUAAUCCCACGACACGAUGAUUACAGAAGCGUAUUGAAGAAUGCGCCAAGACCUUGGUACGACGAAACAACGCAAUAUCAACGAUCUGACACUGAAUUAGAGAAAACCUUCGAGGAGAGACAAACCCUGCAGCGAAAGGGCGUCAUAGAUCAUCGACCAGAACUGAAGCAAAAAAUUGUCAAAGAACCUGAUACGGAGUGGCAGCAAACAGUAAAGAAGAAGAAGAGUGAGGAGUAUUACAACAAAUUGCAGGAAUUGGAAAAUGAACAAAUUGUUAAGGAAAGUCGCAUGCGAGAAUCUACCCAUCAAUACGCUGUGUCUGGUGAUAAAGUUGCCAGCGCCUCAGUUGCGAGAAGCAUGGCACAGAAAUACGAAGAUAACUUGGAACAAACAGAAGAGAUCGUGGAAAAAGAAGUAACUAAAAAGGUUCAGAAACCUAGAAUACCUGAUCCACUAGAAUCAACAGUUCACGGUAAAGAAGUGCAUGUUGCCAAGCAGAAACAAAUACAAAAGGAAGUUGUGGGAGAUACAGAAAUAACUCGCAAGAUAACAUCGACAGAAACUACUGAAGUUGAACAUAAGGCUCAAACUCAGGAGAGAAUAGUUGAAGGACCUGUGAAGCCUUCCAAUCCACCCGUAUUCACAAAGAAAAUGCAACCAUGCCGUGUUUUUGAACAUGAACAAGCAAGAUUCGAAGUCGAGUUUGACGGUGAUCCAUUACCAACAAUUAAAUGGUACCGAGAAAACUUCCCAAUAAAGAACUCAGCUGAUUUCCAAAUUCACACAUUCAGUACCAAAUCUAUACUUAUUAUUAGACAAGUGUUCAUUGAAGAUUCAGCGGUAUUUGCUGCAGUAGCCGAAAACCGAGGCGGAACUGCUAAAUGCAGCGCUAACUUGGUUGUAGAGGAACGUCGACGACAGGGCAGAGGAGGAGUUAUUCCUCCAAGUUUCACAUUGACAGCCCAAAAUGUCAACGUCACAGCUGGACAACUUGUAAGAUUUGAUGCUAAAGUUACUGGUACAAAACCGAUCGAUGUGUACUGGUUGAAAAAUGGCAAGAAAGUCCAACCAGAUAUCAGGAACAAGAUCCUUGAAGAAGAUGGAACUUACACUCUUCUUAUCCUCGAAGCCUUCCCUCAGGACUCCGGCAAGUACGAGUGCGUUGCCAUAAAUAGUUCCGGAGAGGCAAGGUGCGAUGCCGAAUGUGUUGUUAAUACGCCAGCCACCAAAGAGAAGCCCAAGCCACAAACUAAGGCUGCGAAUGCUCCACCAGAGAUCAUUGAACCGAUGAAGGACCGCGUCGUCACCGAGGGUCAAGCUAUUGAAUUUAGCUGUAAGAUUGUCGGCAAACCGAUACCAACAGUACAAUGGUAUAAAGAAGACAGGUUGAUUAAACCAUCAAAGUACUUCCAAAUGUCACGUACUGCUGACGACUACACACUUCGCAUAUCGGAAGCUUUCCCUGAGGACGAGGGUGAUUAUAAAUGCGUUGCCUACAAUUCAGCUGGAAGAGUUACAGUGGCUGCUAAACUGAAAGUGACACAGCCAGAUCAAACUGACAAUUUGCCAACAUUGACACCGUUGCGUGACGUAAUCGUAUAUGAAGGUCAACCUGCCCAAUUUAAAACACAAAUUACCAGCAAGGUCAAACCUACCAUCCAAUGGCUACGGGAAGGUGCUCUCAUACCUGAAACACCUGACUUCCAGAUGAUCCACGAAGGAAACAACGCAGUACUACUAAUCGGCAGUACCUACGAAGAGGACACAGGCAUAUUCACUUGCCGCGCCACUACCGUCGCCGGCCAAGUGGAGUCAUCUGCUAAACUAGUCGUCAAAAAAUCGAGCAAGUCUAAAACAACGACCGCAUACGAAAAUGGCGUCGAAACCCAGAAAGAAACUAUACAAGAUACAGAAACAUCAUUAAAUCGCGUGUUGCACUUUACCUCUGAAGAUACUAAUAUUUUAAAAAUGACAAAUGUUCAAGACAUUCAUUCAAAAAAAAGAGCAAGUGUACCAUGGCGCACAAAAGAAAAUAGUUUAGAAGUAAAACACUGGAGAAAAUUAAGACCAGACACCCAAGCUACAAGCUCACUGGAGGAUUCAAAUAUUCUUCAUAUCGAUCGCGAUGUCUCUACCUCUGAAAAUAAACAUUGGCAUAAACAAAAAAUUGAAAGAAAACAUGACAAAGAUAUUUACUCUAAAGAAGAAGCCAUACCUUGGAUAAAAGAAGCAAUACAAUUAAAACCUACAAAGGUUGAUAAGAUCCCAAAUCGUAAAGAGAAAAUGGAGGAAGUUACUUUAAAACCGUUGAAUAAAACAUUUAACCAAGUAGAAACAUUGUUAAUUGAUGAAAGUUUGACGUCUGAAGAAGAAACAGUAGUUUUGAAAAUAGAAAAUAAAAUAUCAGUUAGUGAUAUACAGAAGGACGAACAAGAUCUACAAAAAGAAGAUUUAAAACCAGAUUCGACACAAAAAGCAUUAAAAAUAGUUAAGGAGGCAGAUAAGCUGCAAGAGGUGUCAUGGAGGGCAGGCAAACGGAAACCAAAGGAAGAACAACCAGUGGAAGAAGUAGUUCUUAAACCAGUUCCAAGACAAAAACAGCCUGACGAAGAUAAACCUGAAGAAGUACAGCUGAAACCAGUGAAGAAAGAAAAGCCUAUCGUGGAAGACAAACCGGAAGAGGUGUCAUGGAGGACAGGCAAACGGAAACCAAAGGAAGAACAACCAGUGGAAGAAGUAGUUCUUAAACCAGUUCCAAGACAAAAACAGCCUGACGUAGAUAGACCUGAAGAAGUACAGCUGAAACCAGUGAUGAAAGAAAAGCCCAUCGUGGAAGACAAACCGGAAGAGGUGUCAUGGAGGACAGGCAAACGAAAACCAAAGCAAGAGCAACCAGUGGAAGAAAUGGUUCUUAAACCAGUUCCAAGACAAAAACAGCCUGACGAAGAAAAACCUGAAGAAGUACAGCUGAAACCAGUGAAGAAAGAAAAGCCUAUCGAAGAAGACAAACCGGAAGAGGUGUCAUGGAGGACAGGUAAACGGAAACCAAAGGAAGAGCAACCAGUGGAAGAAGUGGUUCUUAAACCAGUUCCAAGACAAAAACAGCCUGACGAAGAAAAACCUGAAGAAGUACAGCUGAAACCAGUGAAGAAAGAAAAGCCUAUCGAGGAAGACAAACCGGAAGAGGUGUCAUGGAGGACAGGCAAACGAAAACCAAAGCAAGAGCAACCAGUGGAAGAAGUGGUUCUUAAACCAGUUCCAAGACAAAAACAGCCUGACGAAGAAAAACCUGAAGAAGUACAGCUGAAACCAGUGAAGAAAGAAAAGCCUAUCGAAGAAGACAAACCGGAAGAGGUGUCAUGGAGGACAGGUAAACGGAAACCAAAGGAAGAGCAACCAGUGGAAGAAGUGGUUCUUAAACCAGUUCCAAGACAAAAACAGCCUGACGAAGAAAAACCUGAAGAAGUACAGCUGAAACCAGUGAAGAAAGAAAAGCCUAUCGAGGAAGACAAACCGGAAGAGGUGUCAUGGAGGACAGGCAAACGGAAACCAAAGGAAGAGCAACCAGUGGAAGAAGUGGUUCUUAAACCAGUUCCAAGACAAAAACAGCCUGACGAAGAAAAACCUGAAGAAGUACAGCUGAAACCAGUGAAGAAAGAAAAGCCUAUCGAGGAAGACAAACCGGAAGAGGUGUCAUGGAGGACAGGCAAACGGAAACCAAAGGAAGAGCAACCAGUGGAAGAAGUGGUUCUUAAACCAGUUCCAAGACAAAAACAGCCUGACGAAGAUAAACCUGAAGAAGUACAGCUGAAACCAGUGAAGAAAGAAAAGCCUAUUGAGGAAGACAAACCGGAAGAGGUGUCAUGGAGGACAGGCAAACGGAAACCAAAGGAAGAGCAACCAGUGGAAGAAGUGGUUCUUAAACCAGUUCCAAGACAAAAACAGCCUGACGAAGAUAAACCUGAAGAAGUACAGCUGAAACCAGUGAAGAAAGAAAAGCCUAUUGAGGAAGACAAACCGGAAGAGGUGUCGCUGAAAACAGGAAAAAGAAAACCAAAGCAAGAACAGCCAGAGGAGGAAGUGGUCCUUAAACCGGUUCCAAAACAAAGGCCUACUGAGAAAGAAGAAAAACCUGAGGAAGUUCAGCUAAAACCAGUAAAGAAAGAAAAGCCUAUUGAGGAAGAUGAACCGGAAGAGGUGUCGCUGAAAUCAGGAAAAAGAAAACCAAAGCAAGAACAGCCAGAGGAGGAAGUGGCCAUUAAACCGGUUCCAAAACAAAGGCCUACUCAGAAAGAAGAAAAACCUGAGGAAGCACAGCUAAAACCAGUAAAGAAAGAAAAGCUUAUUGAGGAAGACAAACCGGAAGAAGUGUCACGGAAAACAGGAAAAAGAAAACCAAAGGAAGAACAGCCAGUGGAGGAAGUAGUCCUUAAACCAGUUCCAAAACAAAAGCCUACCGUGAAAGAAGAAAAACCGGAGGAAGUACAGCUAAAACCAGCAAAGAAAGAAAAGCUUAUUGAGGAAGAUAAACCGGAAGAGGUGUCACUGAAAACAGGAAAAAGAAAACCAAAGGAAGAACAACCAGUGGAAGAAGUGGUCCUUAAACCGAUUCCAAAACAAAAGCCUAAUGAGAAAGAAGAAAAACCUGAGGAAAUACAACUAAAACCGGUGAAGAAAGAAAAGCCUGUCGUGAAAGACGAACCGGAAGAGGUGUCAUGGAGGGCAGGCAAACGGAAACCAAAGGAAGAACAACCAGUGGAAGAAGUAGUUCUUAAACCAGUUCCAAGACAAAAACAGCCUGACGAAGAUAAACCUGAAGAAGUACAGCUGAAACCAGUGAAGAAAGAAAAGCCUAUCGUGGAAGACAAACCGGGAGAGGUGUCAUGGAGGACAGGCAAACGGAAACCAAAGGAAGAACAACCAGUGGAAGAAGUAGUUCUUAAACCAGUUCCAAGACAAAAACAGCCUGACGUAGAUAGACCUGAAGAAGUACAGCUGAAACCAGUGAUGAAAGAAAAGCCCAUCGUGGAAGAUAAACCGGAAGAGGUGUCGUGGAGGACAGGCAAACGAAAACCAAAGCAAGAGCAACCAGUGGAAGAAGUGGUUCUUAAACCAGUUCCAAGACAAAAACAGCCUGACGAAGAAAAACCUGAAGAAGUACAGCUGAAACCAGUGAAGAAAGAAAAGCCUAUCGAAGAAGACAAACCGGAAGAGGUGUCAUGGAGGACAGGUAAACGGAAACCAAAGGAAGAGCAACCAGUGGAAGAAGUGGUUCUUAAGCCAGUUCCAAGACAAAAACAGCCUGACGAAGAAAAACCUGAAGAAGUACAGCUGAAACCAGUGAAGAAAGAAAAGCCUAUCGAGGAAGACAAACCGGAAGAGGUGUCAUGGAGGACAGGCAAACGGAAACCAAAGGAAGAGCAACCAGUGGAAGAAGUGGUUCUUAAACCAGUUCCAAGGCAAAAACAGCCUGAUGAAGAAAAACCUGAAGAAAUACAGCUGAAACCAGUGAAGAAAGAAAAGGCUAUCGAAGAAGACAAACCGGUGGAGGUGUCACUGAAAGCAGGAAAAAUAAAACCAAAGGAAGAACAGCCAGUGGAGGAAGUGGUCCUUAAACCGAUUCCAAAACAAAAGCCUACUGAGAAAGAAAACAAGCCUGAGGAAGUUCAUCUAAAACCAGUAAAGAAAGAAAAGCCUAUUGAGGAACCACCGGAAGAGGUGUCAUUGAGGACAGGCAAAAGGAAACCAAAGGAAGGACAACCAGUGGAAGAAGUGGUUCUUAAACCAGUUACAAUAGAAAAACAGCCUGUUGAAGAUAAACCUGACGAAGUACAGGUGAAACCAGUGAAGAAAGAAAAGCUUAUCGACGAAGAAGAUAAACCUGAGACAUCAGACUUUAAACCAAUUAAAAAGGAAAAGCCUACUGAAGAAGAAAAAUCUGUCGAAACAAUGACGUUUAAAACAAUUUCCAAAGAAGGUAUUCUGGAAGAAACUGGGCCCAUAAUAAUUCAACCUAUUAAAGCUGCUAUUGUCAAAGAAAAUGAUACUUUUGAGUUCAUUGUCAUGUUUAAACCGAAUAUCGUUAAAAAAAUCUCAUGGUCAUUUAAUAAUAAGAUUAUCAAAAAUGAUGAGGAAUUUAAAAUUUUUACUGAACCUGGAAAAUCAAUUUUGAUUGUGCAAACUGCAAGCAAAACAAAAGUUGGUAAAUACGAAGUCCUUAUAGAAAAUAAGGAUAUGGUGGUUAAAAGUGCGUCAACUCUUAAGUUAAAGAAAAUUUCCGAUACUGAAAAUAUUAUACCACCUGUAUUUACAAGACCUCUACAACCCAAACAUGUGGCAUUGGGUGAAAUAAUUCUCUUAGAAACUGAAGUAAUUUCAAAUCCUUGUGCAUCUUUUCAAUGGUUUUUGGGGAAUAAAGAAGUCAUUAGUUACGUUAAAGAAAGUAAAAUUAAAAACAUGUAUGUUACUAGCAAUGAAAAUAUCUCUUGUCUCUGCAUUGAAGAUUCUACAAGAGACGUACCUGAUAUUAUUACAUGUAGAGCUGAAAAUUUUGCUGGAUCUGUUUCUUGUUCAGCACAAGUAAACGUUGUGGAUGAAAAUGAUAAUGCUUCUGGAGUCGGACCUAAAUUUUUAACAAGUUUGAGCCCUACAACAGUCAUGGACGGUGAACCAAUUCUAUUAAAAUGUUCAGUAAUUGGACAACCCUGGCCAAAAAUUGACUGGUAUCACAACGGGAAGCUUCUUGAAGUUGCGAGAGACGUUACUAUUGGUAGACAAGAAUCUGGGUUAUGCCAAUUAUUUAUUAAAGAAGCAUUUCCAGAAAUGACUGGAAAUUAUGAAUGUGUAGCCACCAAUAAAUUUGGACAGUGUAUUAGUAACUGUAUAGUGAAUGUAGAAGCAUAUGAAUAUGUACCAAGUGCAUCUGAAGAGGAUAUAUUAAGCGAUGAGAAAACCAGUGACCUUGAGGAAUUUGCUCCUAAAAUUGUGAAAGCACUUCCCGCGGUCGUGAAAACCAAUGAAGGAGAAUUAACUAGGCUUGAAGCUAAGGCUAUUGGAAUACCAAAGCCUCAAAUAAGAUGGUUAAAGCAAGGUGUAGAAAUAAAAGAAUCACAAGAAUAUCAAAUCGAAGAAAUGGAGGAUGGCACUUCUAUUCUGAUAAUACCGGAAGUUUAUCAAGACGAUAUGGGCGAAAUCACAUUUGAAGCUUACAAUCCACUUGGUGUAUCUUCAACAGUAGCCGCAUUAUCUGUUGAAAGUCUUGUUGGAACUAAAGAAUAUAGAAAGCCUGAAUGGGUUUCACAUAUGGAAGAAUUACAAGAGGCUUUAAAAGCAACACAGGCUGUCCCAUCUUUCGUACGAAACUUAAUAUCAGAACGUGUUCUAGAGGGAGAAACGGUGACUUUUGAGGCCGUUUACAGUGGAAACCCAAAACCCGAAAUCAUUUGGUACAAAGAUAACAAAGUUAUUAAAAGUAACAACUAUUUCCAAAUUGAAACUAAAGAUAAUAUAACAGUUUGUAAAAUUAAAAAAGCAUCAAAGAAGUUACAAGGCUGCUAUGAAUGUAAAGCUAUCAGUGAUAUUGGGAUGGCAAUAACAAAAGCUGAUUUACAAAUAUUUGAAGCAGAAGAAACAUUCGAAAAGGUUGAAAUGAAAAGAGUGAAAUCUUUGAAACAAGAAGUUGUUGAUGAAAAAACUGCUUUAAUGUCUUCAGAAGAUGCUUCAAUAGCGAUAGUAGAAACUACCUUGGACGUACUAGGAAAAGCACAACCUCUCAUAAAAACUUCUGAAAAACAAAAAACAAACGUUUUGGUUAAUGAAAUGACGUCUAUAGAAACAGUAGACGUUGCUUCUUUUAAGAAAACUGAUCAAAAAUAUAGAACAACGUCAACCGAAGAGUUGGUGAAUAUUGAACCGUUUAUCACACCCAAUCAGUAUCUGGUCUCUUCACAGCAAGAAACCAAUGAAAUGGUUCAAACUUUCGAAAAAAUAACACAUGAAUUACAAAAAGGUAUUGCUAGAAGGGUAUCCGAUUCACGCAUGGUUGCGGAGGUAAAUGAAUUAUUAGAAGUAAUAAAUGCCAAAGAAUUUGGUCCAGGUGAAUCUCCUUUACGAGAAUUAGCGACAAUUGGGUACCUUCUUAGAAAUGGUGUCACCGUGGAAGAAAUAGAAAAUCUGUAUGAUUCUGAACACUUUCCUUCUUUGCGGAUUCCGCAGUCACAAUCCGCGUUAGUACAGUUGGUAGAGAGGCAAGGUCAUGGUGCCCUUAUAACAGAAGUAUUAACUGAAGAAACUGCUCAAACGGAAGAUAUUAUUGGAGCGAAGGUUGGCUUUAAAGCUUUUAUGAAAUUGGUGGAAAUGAAACAUACAUCAGUUGAAGAGGUAAUAGCGCACCUUUACCCCGAAGAUUUUACUCCUCGUGCCUGGGAAGAAAAAGGAGCACGCGAGAUCGUUGUUGAAUCUAUAGUUAAGGAUGUAGCCCAAGUACAUUCCACUACAAUACACAAAGAUAAGACCACAACUUUAGAGCAAAAUGAGAAAGAUGAAAUCAAACAAGUAAAACGCAAAAAACACACUAGACAGACUGAAAUAUCUGUUGAAGAGUCUACUGAAAAAUCGAAAAAAACAAUGAGUAAAAAGUUUUCCCGAGAAGGCACCGGUGACUUAGAAGAAGAAACAGUACACAGUAUGGAUACUGAACAUUUUAAAUCAAUUAAAACUGUACCCAUUGAUUUAUCUGAUAGUAGAAUUGAAGUAGUUUCAUCGAGCCAAGCAAUAAACAUAGUCCCAGAACAAGCAAAACAGAUACAAGAAGCUACUGUUAGGUUUGAUACAAACCAAUCGCUUAUUAGUACUGUACAACAUUUACAGGAACGUGAAGGACCUUUGCAAAUUGUUGAAAAAUCUGAAAUUAAUAUUAAAACAUCUGUUAUUGAAGCUGAACCAUUACAAAUCAGUGAAACCAAUAUGCAAGAUGCAGUUGGGGUGUGUGUCACUGAUAGUGAUAAUAAAGAAACUAUUAAAAAUACUAUAAUAGUAGAAUCAGAAAGUUUAGAAAUGGCAGAAGUUAUUCCAAAUAUAUCACUUGGUAAAAUUGACGAACGUAAACAGAAUGAAGGAAAAGCCAAAACUUCUAUUAUUUUAAAAGAUGCUAUUAAGGUUUCCGAGCAAUACGUUCCUGUAAAAGAAGACGUCUUAGAAAAACCCCAAAUCAAACAUACUGUUGCGGCGGUUACAGUUUCACCAUUGACAGGAAUAAAUAUACAAGAAACCAUGUCGGAAUAUAAAGAACAUGAUUUUAUUUGUAAAGUUUCUGAUAAAGAAAUAACUCCUACACCUAAUUUUAAAUUGUUAAAAUCAAUUGAAGUAGGUGAAGUAUUUGUAGAAGAUAAAUCUGGAAAGUACUAUCCCGAACUGAUUGUACCAACCGAAAUGGCUAACGAAGAUGUUAUUGUUUCUAAUGAAAUCUCUACUAUAAUACUCAACCUACAGGAAAAAGAAGGUUUAUUUGAUUCUCCUAAAGUUCCAAGUACCCAAGAAGCUAGAAUUGAUAUGGUGUAUAAAGAUAGCAUAGAAGUUGCGGCAAAUAUCUUACAUGAAAAAGAAGGGAUAGUUCCAAAGAAUGAAGGGCAUUCAAAAGUUCAGGUAGAUGGAGAUUUCCAGACCCAUCAAAGUUUAUGUAACUUUAUGCCGGAAACUCACAUCAAAGAGGCUGUAUUAAGUCAAGACGAAUGCACGAAAAAGAAUGCAAAUAUAACUUUUAAUGAACAUCAGCAUAAAUUUAAUUUUGAGACACAAAUACAUGAAACGGAACAUAAUUUAAAACAAGACAACGCUGUUGAUAAAGAGUUUGCGCAUAUUCAGGUAGGUACAUUAGAUAAAAAUCUUACUGAAGAAAUUCAAAUUCAUGAACGAGAAAACAAACUUCUCUUAAUGGAUGAAAAAACAUCGGUUAAGGCAAAUAUUGAUAUGAAUUUGGCCGAACCAAUUAUUAUGUCUGAAACAAUUCAAAUAAACUCAAUGAAAGAUCUUAUGCCUGCAGAUAAUAAAAUUAAUGAACGUGCAAUUGAAACGCUGAUAACACAAAAAGAAAAAACAAUUUCUUCUACUUUCAUUCAUGACCAAGGAGUUGAAGAGAUGUAUGCCUAUACAAAACCGGAAAAUGCGGGUAUGUCCUUGUCCCCCAAUACUUCUUUAUCCAUAAGUGAAACGGAAGUCGCUGAUUCAGCUGGAAAAUUGCACAUUAAAAGAAGCCCCGAACUAUUAAAUGCAAAUGCAACACUGAGUCAUAAUUUGAAAUCGCCAUUAUCUGAGAUAGUCACUACAGUCAAUCAAGUUAAAAGUCUAGAUUAUGUACAAGAAAAGCAAGAUACAGCAGAAAAAAGUAGAGAUGUAUACAACGAGCUAUAUAUUUCACAGGCUGCGGUAGAAGAGCAAACACAAGACUUUGUUGCUAUUAAAAUUCCUGACACUGAAGCUAAAAGUAGUUUUACUGAAAACGAAGGGUUAUUAAUAAGUGAAAUAGUAGCAAAUUCGGAAUUCAAACCUUUUAAAGUUGAUACAGUUUCAAAUAGAAAAGCAGUUGUAACACUAGAUGUCAAUCAAAGAGUGCCAAUUACUUCUGAAGUAAGUGCGGGAGAUAUUUUAGAUACCUUGACUAUAAUAAAACCACAAACAGAAGAUGUAAACAUAAAAUCAAAUAACUUAAAAUCCCUAACGAUUUCUGAAAAUGCUACUUUAGAAAGUCAAGGUAUUUUAGAGGAAUAUUUAAAACCAGACCAAAAGUCUAUUAUAGCUGACGUAAUUUUAAUAAAUGAUACUAUUCAAGUAGUUGAAACUGUAGGAGGUGAGAAAGAAGACGAAUAUAAAAUUGAUGAUUCCCCUAAAAUUUGCAUGGCUUCGACGGAUGUACUCAGUCGUCCCGUGGCAAUUUCUUUCGAGCAUGAAUUAACAGAUUCUACUACAACUUUCACGAGUGAAGAGACUUCGCAUCCUUCAUAUAGAAAAGCUUCACUUUAUAAUAUUUAUCAGACAGAAUUGUCUGUUACUGAUACUGUUUGUAAUGAAAAAGAAAGUGACCUUAUUAGUAAAACUCCUAACUUAACUAAAGCUAUACCAAAUUUGCCAGAAAAUCAAGCUAUUCUUAUCGCGGAAAGUAAUUCUGAGAUUGUACCUGAAUGUUUUAAUAUACAGACAACACUUUCUGUCAAAGCAAAUCCCGAUUCCGUAGUAAAUGAGGCGUUAACACAACAAGAAAUUUUAGUAAAUAUACAGGAAGGGUCAUUUAAUAAGGAACUUAGUAAUACAGUGAAACCAAUUGUAAGUAUUGAUGCUUUUAAAGUGCCAGCAUAUGACCAAAAUAUAGUUAUAGAAAAAGAAAUUGUACUUUCAAAACCACAUAUCCCUGAUGAACAUAAGGCAGCUGUAUUGAUUAAUCAGCAUCAUGAGGUCGUUACUUCUGAAAUAUUAUCACAAACGGACAAUAUAAAAGAUUCUGACGAUUUUCAUAUUCCUAAAACAAAAGCUGUCGAGAAAGUAGAUAUAUAUGGAAAGAUAGCUAACACUGAAGAAAUUAUGAUAAGUCAAACACCCGAAGAGUUCUUAAAAAGUAAAGUUAUAUUACAACGUCCUACUUUAAGUUCAGUGUCUGCAUAUUCUUUACAAAACACACAAACGAUAGCAGCCGAUAGUGAGGUAUCUAUUACAAAUGAAAAAUUAGUUGAAAGUAUUGGAACCCUUCAUCUUACAGAGAUUGAAGCUUUGAUCACAAGUUCAGCAAAUAUAAUCGAAGAAGAAGUUAAAUUCCAAGGUAAACCACCUGAACCUCUUACUCAAGAAGCGAAUGUUGGCUUUGUUCCAUUAUGUGGAACUGUUAAUACUGAAGUAGUGUCUUCAGACAUGAUGGACAAGUUAACCGAUAAACUGCCAAUAUCUAGUAGAGCUUCCCUAAAACAAGACGAAAAUUGUCAAUAUUUACAAGGUUUGGAAGUUUUCCCUGUGCUCAAAGAAGAAGAACUUGUACUUGACAAAAAAAUUGUUCCACAAGAUAUUAGAACAAGUCUUGUUGAGUCUGCUGCAAAGGAAAUUACUGAGGUAAAAACAAAUGAAAAAGAAAGUUUAAUAACAAGUAACGAAAACACUGACGUAUUCAAAAAGAAAGCAAAUAUAUCUGUAAAACCCCAACAAUCUUUAAUUAAUGAAGAAGUUAUUACCCAAGAUAGCAGUAAAGUCCUAUAUAUUCCAGGAAAAAUAAAAGAAUGCGCUAUGCCUACACAAAACUUACAACAAGCUGUAGAAAAAUUGGAACCCUUUAUCAUAGAAUCAGAAAAUAUAUACCAAUCGAUUGAACCUAGUGCUAAGAAAACAAAGCCAGAAAUAGAAGAGCAAAAGUCUCUAAACGUAACUGAAGCUAUCUCGACAGAAUCAAGUUCUAUUCUCAAAACUAUUGAAAUUCCACGUCAGGAAACUUGCCAGACGCAUGAAUUAGUUGUCAAUACCGAAUUAAAAGUCAAUGAAACUAUGCAUAAUGAACGGGAACAGGCUUUAUUAACAAAUGAAAAUAUAAAAACAAACAGUGCUAGUAUUGAUAUCCAGCCACAUCAGAGCCUAAGAGUAAACCAGCAAAUUGUAGCAGAAAAAGAAGAUUCACUAAAUUUAAAUCAAUCGCCAGGAACCAUAAUUAAUACUAUAACCAUAAGACCACAUAAACAUUUAAAUAUAGACAUAUGUGAAACAUCAGAGUCAGAAGAACACAUUCCUAAAAUAGAACCUGCUAAAGAAAUUCAAAGUGAUGUUAAUAUAGAAACUUUUAAACCAAUAACAGUUUAUGACAUUGACGUCCAAGAACAACAAGAAUAUUUCAAAGUUACUGAUUCUUCUAAAAUAAAAAAUGCUGACAUUAAAUUAAAUGUUGAUGAACAUGUUAAUGUUACUGAAAUAGUUCCUACUGAGCAAGAAUCUUUUCUCAGAGAAAAAAUAUUGGAAAAGGGCAGUCAAUUGUCUUUAAACGUAGAAAUGUCAAAGCAUGUGAUAGUAUCAGAGAUAAAGACGAUAGAAGCUGAGGAUAAUAAUCUAAAUAUUAUACAUCAACCUCAGCAAAAGGUGACGUCUACUUACGAAACAUCGUCACCUAUUGAGGUCCAAGAAGUUGAAGUUAAAGAAUCAGAACAAAGUAUGAAUGCCUCAAAUGUAAGACACUUGGUUAAACCUAAUUUAAUAUUGGAUUGUCAACAACAUGUAAUAGUAAGUGAUGUAUGUGCCAAGGAGAAGGAAGAAAUUUUGAAAAUAGAAACCAUGCCUAGAAAUGAAAAUCAAUCAGUAGAUUUUGUUACGUCUUCUUACCUUACCAGCACACAAAAUAUCCCGCUAGAGGUUUCUUCCAAAAUUAUUACCAAGGACUUUAAUAAUAUUGAACAUGCUAACUUAACGCACUCCUUUUCUCAAAGUAUUCACGCUGAGCAACCCAAUGUAAUUAAUUCUCUUGUAGACAUUGUUACGACGGAAGCACCUGAGAAAAUUGUUAUUAAAGAAACGUUUGUGAGCUCAAAUACAAUACAGCAAUCUGACAUUAUCACACAAGAAGAUUUUGUAGAGUUACCAAAUUAUACUCAAAUAUGCAUUAACGCCAGACCUACUCAGGUUUUUGAUAAAGUUAUACCAGAAACAAUAUUAUCACAAGUGAUGGAAAAUACCGAAAUUUUAGAUCAAAUUCCUUCGGCUUCGAAAAAUUUAGCCCAGUGUUUAGUAGAGCCUUUUAAUAAUAUUCUGACGGAAGAACGAACUUAUCAUGAAACGCCGCAAGAAAUAAUUUCACAGAAAUAUGAAGAAACAAAAGCUGAUAAGAAUUACGUUGAGUUGCAAUCAGUACAAAAAACCGAAGUAAUUGCAUCUGAGAAGAUUCUAAACUUCAAUAAAACAAAUGAAAGAAUAGAUCAAAAGGCAGACCAAAGUAAUGAAUAUCAAAAACAUGUAGAAAUUUUCAAACCGCAACUUUUGGAAACUGCAACUUCUUUGCUUACACCGAAUCAACAUCUUUCAAAAAAUGCUUCUAUUGACUUGGAAGCUCACACUACUUAUGUUACAAAAGAAAUCACAAGCCAGGACGCUCCUUUAAAACUGGAAAUUGACCAAAAAUAUUCAACGACAGCUAAAAAACAACUAUUAGAAAUUACUCCCUUGGAGCAAAUAGAAACUUUUUGUCAAGAACAUGCAAAUGAUAUCCAAACAGAAGAUACUCAUCAACAAAAUAUCUUGGAAGCCAAGACUUUUGAGAUAUCACCCAUCCAGCAGAUGGAUGUUAUGAUCCACGAGAGUGAAAUCAAUACUGACUUUGGGAAAUUGCCUCGAAUGGAUACAGCUUCUGUACUCAUAAAGUCAACAGAAGACCACGAAAAUAAUUCUCAAACUCUAUCACAAUAUUCAUCUGAUAUGGAAGAAUCAGAAGAAAUUGUUUCAAAGUUUAUACGUGGACCUGGGCAAGAGGAACCAAUACAAAUAAAAACAAAGAGGACAGUGUUAAGAAAAAAACGUAAAUCUGGAGGCGAAUACGACAAAGGUGACAUAGUCAUCGAGGAAUCGUUGGACGAUGAAAACGUAGAAAAACUGAGACCACGAAAAAUAAACAAUAUACUUAUAGAAGAAUACCAUGGCGACGAUUUAAAUAUGGUGAUCGAUACUGGUAAAAGUACGGUAGAAAUGCCAGAUGAAUAUUUAGAGAUACCUAAGAUGACAACACAGGUGUUAAUAGAAGAAGUGGAAGAAAGAAUGAAUGAUUCAAAUUUUAAAAAAAAUAACUUAGAAGAAGAUGGUGUUAUGACAAAAAUACAGGAAAUCUCCCAAACAAUACUAACACAAGACUCAACUGAAGAUAUGCAUGAAGUUCAAGAGAGGAGAACAGACAAACUAAAGUCAUCAGAGCAUGCAACCACCGUCAAAACAAGGAAACGCCAAGUCAAGAGCAAAGACGGCGCUGAUGAAGAAAUACACGAAAGCAAAGAAACAACUGACUUCCCAGACACGUCGGUAGAAGUAGUAGAAGUUCCGGAAGAGACAACCGUCGAAGAAAUCAAUACACCUGAGGAGGUUCAGACUGAAACUGGUGAAACGCGUACUGUCAAAACAAAGAAACGUCGAGUCAAGGGUAAAGAUGGCGCUGUUGAAGAAAUACACGAAAUCACAGAAACAACCGAGUUGCCCGACACGUCGAAUGAAGUGGUUGAAGUUCCGGAAGAGACAACCGUCGAAGAAAUCGAUACACCUGAGGGUAAGUUGACUAUCAAAACUACCAAAAAACGCACAAGGAAGACAAAACACAUUCGAACGCCACAGGACAUAACAGAAGACAAUGUCACUGACGAAACACUUCCACUAGCUGACAAGCAAGUAUCGCCGGAGCAAGCAACCAUUCUCGAAGAAUCUCCCGACACAGUCCAAAUUACAGAGGUUCAGACUGAAACUGGUGAAACGCGUACCGUCAAAACAAAGAAACGUCGAGUCAAGGGUAAAGAUGGCGCAGUUGAAGAAAUACACGAAAUCACAGAAACAACCGAGUUGCCCGACACGUCGGUAGAAGUGGUUGAAGUUCCGGAAGAGACAACCGUCGAAGAAAUCGAUACACCUGAGGGUAAGUUGACUAUAAAAACUACCAAAAAACGCACAAAGAAGACAAAACACAUUCGAACGCCAAAGGACAUAACAGAAGACACGGUCACAGACGAAACACUUCCACUAGCUGACAAGCAAAUAUCGCCGGAGCAAGCAACCCUUAUAGAAGAAUCUCCCGACACAGUCCAAAUUACAGAGGUUCAGACUGAAACUGGUGAAACGCGUACCAUCAAAACAAAGAAACGUCGAGUCAAGGGUAAAGAUGGCGCUGUUGAAGAAAUACACGAAAUCACAGAAACAACCGAGUUGCCCGACACGUCGGUAGAAGUGGUUGAAGUUCCGGAAGAGACAACCGUCGAAGAAAUCGAUACACCUGAGGGUAAGUUGACUAUCAAAACUACGAAAAAACGCACAAAGAAGACAAAACACAUUCGAAUGCCACAGGACAUAACAGAAGACACUGUCACAGACGACACACUUCCUCUUACUGACGAGCAAGUAUCGCCAGAGCAAGCAACCCUCAUCGAAGAAUCUCCCGACACAGUCCAAAUUACAGAGGUUCAGACUGAAACUGGUGAAACGCGUACCGUCAAAACAAAGAAACGUCGAGUCAAGGGUAAAGAUGGCGCUGUUGAAGAAAUACACGAAAUCACAGAAACAACCGAGUUGCCCGACACGUCGAAUGAAGGGGUUGAAGUUCCGGAAGAGACAACCGUCGAAGAAAUCGAUACACCUGAGGGUAAGUUGACUAUCAAAACUACCAAAAAACGCACAAAGAAGACAAAACACAUUCGAACGCCACAGGACAUAACAGAAGAAACUGUUACUGACGAAACACUUCCACUAGCUGACAAGCAAAUAUCGCCAGAAAAAGCAACCAUUAUCGAAGAAUCUCCCGACACAGUCCAAAUUACAGAGGUUCAGACUGAAACUGGUGAAACGCGUACCGUCAAAACAAAGAAACGUCGAGUCAAGGGUAAAGAUGGCGCUGUUGAAGAAAUACACGAAAUUACAGAGACAACCGAGUUGCCCGACACGUCGGUAGAAGUGGUUGAAGUUCCGGAAGAGACAACCGUCGAAGAAAUCGAUACACCUGAGGGUAAGUUGACUAUCAAAACUACGAAAAAACGCACAAAGAAGACAAAACACAUUCGAAUGCCACAGGACAUAACAGAAGACACUGUCACAGACGACACACUUCCUCUUACUGACGAGCAAGUAUCGCCAGAGCAAGCAACCCUCAUCGAAGAAUCUCCCGACACAGUCCAAAUUACAGAGGUUCAGACUGAAACUGGUGAAACGCGUACCGUCAAAACAAAGAAACGUCGAGUCAAGGGUAAAGAUGGCGCUGUUGAAGAAAUACACGAAAUCACAGAAACAACUGAGUUGCCCGACACGUCGGUAGAAGUGGUUGAAGUUCCGGAAGAGACAACCGUCGAAGAAAUCGAUACACCAGAGGGUAAGUUGACUAUCAAAACUACCAAAAAACGCACAAAGAAGACAAAACACAUUCGAACGCCACAGGACAUAACAGAAGAAACUGUUACUGACGAAACACUUCCACUAGCUGACAAGCAAAUAUCGCCGGAGCAAGCAACCCUUAUCAAAGAAUCUCCCGACACAGUCCAAAUUACAGAGGUUCAGACUGAAACUGGUGAAACGCGUACCGUCAAAACAAAGAAACGUCGAGUCAAGGGUAAAGAUGGCGCUGUUGAAGAAAUACACGAAAUCACAGAAACAACUGAGUUGCCCGACACGUCGGUAGAAGUGGUUGAAGUUCCGGAAGAGACAACCGUCGAAGAAAUCGAUACACCAGAGGGUAAGUUGACUAUCAAAACUACGAAAAAACGCACAAAGAUGACAAAACACAUUCGAAUGCCACAGGACAUAACAGAAGACACUGUCACAGACGACACACUUCCUCUUACUGACGAGCAAGUAUCGCUAGAGCAAGCAACCCUCAUCGAAGAAUCUCCCGACACAGUCCAAAUUACAGAGGUUCAGACUGAAACUGGUGAAACGCGUACCGUCAAAACAAAGAAACGUCGAGUCAAGGGUAAAGAUGGCGCUGUUGAAGAAAUACACGAAAUCACAGAAACAACUGAGUUGCCCGACACGUCGGUAGAAGUGGUUGAAGUUCCGGAAGAGACAACCGUCGAAGAAAUCGAUACACCAGAGGGUAAGUUGACUAUCAAAACUACCAAAAAACGCACAAAGAAGACAAAACACAUUCGAACGCCAAAGGACAUAACAGAAGACACUGUCACAGACGAAACACUUCCACUAGCUGACAAGCAAAUAUCGCCGGAGCAAGCAACCCUUAUCGAAGAAUCUCCCGACAUAGUCCAUAUUACAGAGGUUCAGACUGAAACUGGUGAAACGCGUACUGUCAAAACAAAGAAACGUCGAGUCAAGGGUAAAGAUGGCGCUGUUGAAGAAAUACACGAAAUCACAGAAACAACCGAGUUGCCCGACACGUCGAAUGAAGUGGUUGAAGUUCCGGAAGAGACAACCGUCGAAGAAAUCGAUACACCUGAGGGUAAGUUGACUAUCAAAACUACCAAAAAACGCACAAGGAAGACAAAACACAUUCGAACGCCACAGGACAUAACAGAAGACAAUGUCACUGACGAAACACUUCCACUAGCUGACAAGCAAGUAUCGCCGGAGCAAGCAACCAUUCUCGAAGAAUCUCCCGACACAGUCCAAAUUACAGAGGUUCAGACUGAAACUGGUGAAACGCGUACCGUCAAAACAAAGAAACGUCGAGUCAAGGGUAAAGAUGGCGCUGCUGAAGAAAUACACGAAAUCACAGAAACAACUGAGUUGCCCGACACGUCGGUAGAAGUGGUUGAAGUUCCGGAAGAGACAACCGUCGAAGAAAUCGAUACACCAGAGGAGGUUCAGACUGAAACUGGUGAAACGCGUACUGUCAAAACAAAGAAACGUCGAGUCAAGGGUAAAGAUGGCGCUGUUGAAGAAAUACACGAAAUCACAGAAACAACCGAGUUGCCCGACACGUCGAAUGAAGUGGUUGAAGUUCCGGAAGAGACAACCGUCGAAGAAAUCGAUACACCUGAGGGUAAGUUGACUAUCAAAACUACCAAAAAACGCACAAGGAAGACAAAACACAUUCGAACGCCACAGGACAUAACAGAAGACAAUGUCACUGACGAAACACUUCCACUAGCUGACAAGCAAGUAUCGCCGGAGCAAGCAACCAUUCUCGAAGAAUCUCCCGACACAGUCCAAAUUACAGAGGUUCAGACUGAAACUGGUGAAACGCGUACCGUCAAAACAAAGAAACGUCGAGUCAAGGGUAAAGAUGGCGCAGUUGAAGAAAUACACGAAAUCACAGAAACAACCGAGUUGCCCGACACGUCGAAUGAAGUGGUUGAAGUUCCGGAAGAGACAACCGUCGAAGAAAUCGAUACACCUGAGGGUAAGUUGACUAUCAAAACUACCAAAAAACGCACAAGGAAGACAAAACACAUUCGAACGCCACAGGACAUAACAGAAGACAAUGUCACUGACGAAACACUUCCACUAGCUGACAAGCAAGUAUCGCCGGAGCAAGCAACCAUUCUCGAAGAAUCUCCCGACACAGUCCAAAUUACAGAGGUUCAGACUGAAACUGGUGAAACGCGUACCGUCAAAACAAAGAAACGUCGAGUCAAGGGUAAAGAUGGCGCAGUUGAAGAAAUACACGAAAUCACAGAAACAACCGAGUUGCCCGACACGUCGGUAGAAGUGGUUGAAGUUCCGGAAGAGACAACCGUCGAAGAAAUCGAUACACCUGAGGUCCAAAUUACAGAGGUUCAGACUGAAACUGGUGAAACGCGUACCGUCAAAACUAAGAAACGUCGAAUCAAGGGUAAAGAUGGCGCUGUUGAAGAAAUACACGAAAUCACAGAAACAACCGAGUUGCCCGACACGUCGGUAGAAGUGGUCGAAAUUCCGGAAGAGACAACCGUCGAAGAAAUCGAUACACCUGAGGGUAAGUUGACUAUCAAAACUACCAAAAAACGCACAAAGAAGACAAAACACAUUCGAACGCCACAGGACAUAACAGAAGACACUGUCACAGACGAAACACUUCCACUAGCUGACAAACUAGUAUCGCCAGAGCAAGCAACCCUUAUCGAACAAUCUCCCGACACAGUCCAAAUUACAGAGGUUCAUACUGAAACCGGUGAAACGCGUACCGUCAAAACAAAGAAACGUCGAGUCAAGGGUAAAGAUGGCGCUGUUGAAGAAAUACACGAAAUUACAGAGACAACCGAGUUGCCCGACACGUCGGUAGAAGUGGUUGAAGUUCCGGAAGAGACAACCGUCGAAGAAAUCGAUACACCUGAGGGUAAGUUGACUAUCAAAACUACCAAAAAACGCACAAAGAAGAUAAAACACAUUCGAACGCCACAGGAUAUAACAGAAGACACUGUUACUGACGAAACACUUCCACUAGCUGACAAGCAAAUAUCGCCAGAAAAAGCAACCUUUAUCGAAGAAUCUCCCGACACAGUCCAAAUUACAGAGGUUCAGACUGAAACUGGUGAAACGCGUACCAUCAAAACAAAGAAACGUCGAGUCAAGGGUAAAGAUGGCGCUGUUGAAGAAAUACACGAAAUCACAGAAACAACCGAGUUGCCCGACACGUCGGUAGAAGUGGUUGAAGUUCCGGAAGAGACAACCGUCGAAGAAAUCGAUACACCUGAGGUCCAAAUUACAGAGGUUCAGACUGAAACUGGUGAAACGCGUACCGUCAAAACUAAGAAACGUCGAAUCAAGGGUAAAGAUGGCGCUGUUGAAGAAAUACACGAAAUUACAGAAACAACCGAGUUGCCCGACACGUCGGUAGAAGUGGUCGAAAUUCCGGAAGAGACAACCGUCGAAGAAAUCGAUACACCUGAGGGUAAGUUGACUAUCAAAACUACCAAAAAACGCACAAAGAAGACAAAACACAUUCGAACGCCACAGGACAUAACAGAAGACACUGUCACAGACGAAACACUUCCACUAGCUGACAAACUAGUAUCGCCAGAGCAAGCAACCCUUAUCGAACAAUCUCCCGACACAGUCCAAAUUACAGAGGUUCAUACUGAAACCGGUGAAACGCGUACCGUCAAAACAAAGAAACGUCGAGUCAAGGGUAAAGAUGGCGCUGUUGAAGAAAUACACGAAAUUACAGAGACAACCGAGUUGCCCGACACGUCGGUAGAAGUGGUUGAAGUUCCGGAAGAGACAACCGUCGAAGAAAUCGAUACACCUGAGGGUAAGUUGACUAUCAAAACUACCAAAAAACGCACAAAGAAGAUAAAACACAUUCGAACGCCACAGGAUAUAACAGAAGACACUGUUACUGACGAAACACUUCCACUAGCUGACAAGCAAAUAUCGCCAGAAAAAGCAACCUUUAUCGAAGAAUCUCCCGACACAGUCCAAAUUACAGAGGUUCAGACUGAAACUGGUGAAACGCGUACCAUCAAAACAAAGAAACGUCGAGUCAAGGGUAAAGAUGGCGCUGUUGAAGAAAUACACGAAAUUACAGAGACAACCGAGUUGCCCGACACGUCGGUAGAAGUGGUUGAAGUUCCGGAAGAGACAACCGUCGAAGAAAUCGAUACACCUGAGGGUAAGUUGACUAUAAAAACUACCAAAAAACGCACUAAGAAGACAAAACACAUUCGAACGCCAAAGGACAUAACAGAAGACACUGUCACAGACGAAACACUUCCACUAGCUGACAAACUAGAAUCGCCGGAGCAAGCAACCAUUAUCGAAGAAUCUCCAGACACAGUCCAAAUUACAGAAGUUCAUACUGAAACCGGUGAAACGCGUACCGUCAAAACAAAGAAACGUCGAGUCAAGGGUAAAGACGGCGCUGUUGAAGAAAUACACGAAAUCACUGAAACAACUGAGUUGCCCGACACGUCGGUAGAAGUGGUCGAAAUUCCGGAAGAGACAACCGUCGAAGAAAUCGAUACACCUGAGGAGCUUCAGACUGAAACUGGUGAAACGCGUACCGUCAAAACAAAGAAACGUCGAGUCAAGGGUAAAGACGGCGCUGUUGAAGAAAUACACGAAAUCACUGAAACAACUGAGUUGCCCGACACGUCGGUAGAAGUGGUUGAAGUACCGGAAGAGACAACCGUCGAAGAAAUCGAUACACCUGAGGGUAAGUUGGUUAUCAAAACUACCAAAAAACGCACAAAGAAGACAAAACACAUUCGAACGCCACAUGACAUAACAGAAGACACUGUCACAGACGAAACACUUCCACUAGCUGACAAGCAAAUAUCGCCGGAGCAAGCAACCCUUAUCGAAGAAUCUCCCGACACAGUCCAUAUUACAGAGGUUCAGACUGAAACUGGUGAAACGCGUACCGUCAAAACAAAGAAACGUCGAGUCAAGGGUAAAGACGGCGCUGUUGAAGAAAUACACGAAAUCACUGAAACAACUGAGUUGCCCGACACGUCGGUAGAAGUGGUUGAAGUACCGGAAGAGACAACCGUCGAAGAAAUCGAUACACCUGAGGACAAACUAGUAUCGCCGGAGCAAGCAACCAUUAUCGAAGAAUCUCCAGACACAGUCCAAAUUACAGAGGUUCAUACUGAAACUGGUGAAACGCGUACCGUCAAAACAAAGAAACGUAGAGUCAAGGGUAUAGACGGCGCUGUUGAAGAAAUACACGAAAUCACUGAAACAACCGAGUUGCCCGACACGUCAGUAGAAGUGGUUGAAGUUCCGGAAGAGACAACCGUCGAAGAAAUCGAUACACCUGAGGGUAAGUUGACUAUCAAAACUACCAAAAAACGCACAAAGAAGACAAAACACAUUCGAACGCCACAGGACAUAACAGAAGACACUGUCACAGACGAAACACUUCCACUAGCUGACAAGCAAAUAUCGCCGGAGCAAGCAACCCUUAUCGAAGAAUCUCCCGACACAGUCCAUAUUACAGAGGUUCAGACUGAAACUGGUGAAACGCGUACUGUCAAAACAAAGAAACGUCGAGUCAAGGGUAAAGAUGGCGCUGUUGAAGAAAUACACGAAAUCACAGAAACAACCGAGUUGCCCGACACGUCGGUAGAAGUGGUUGAAGUUCCGGAAGAGACAACCGUCGAAGAAAUCGAUACACCUGAGGGUAAGUUGACUAUCAAAACUACCAAAAAACGCACAAAGAAGACAAAACACAUUCGAACGCCACAGGACAUAACAGAAGACACUGUCACAGACGAAACACUUCCACUAGCUGACAAGCAAAUAUCGCCAGAAAAAGCAACCUUUAUCGAAGAAUCUCCCGACACAGUCCAAAUUACAGAGGUUCAGACUGAAACUGGUGAAACGCGUACCGUCAAAACAAAGAAACGUCGAGUCAAGGGUAAAGAUGGCGCUGUUGAAGAAAUAGACGAAACCACAGAAACAACUGAGUUGCCUGACACGUCGGUAGCAGUGGUUGAAGUUCCGGAAGAGACAACCGUCGAAGAAAUCGAUACACCUGAGGAGGUUCAUACUGAAACCGGUGAAACGCGUACCGUCAAAACAAAGAAACGUCGAGUCAAGGGUAAAGAUGGCGCUGUUGAAGAAAUAGACGAAACCACAGAAACAACUGAGUUGCCUGACACGUCGGUAGCAGUGGUUGAAGUUCCGGAAGAGACAACCGUCGAAGAAAUCGAUACACCUGAGGGUAAGUUGACUAUCAAAACUACCAAAAAACGUACAAAGAAGACAAAACACAUUCGAACGCCACAUGACAUAACAGAAGACACUGUCACUGAAGACACAAUUCCUCUAACUGAAAAGCAAGUAUCGACAGAGCAAGCAACCAUUAACGAAGAAUCUCCAGACACAGUCAAAAUUACAGAGGUUCAUACUGAAACCGGUGAAACGCGUACCGUCAAAACAAAGAAACGUCGAGUCAAGGGUAAAGAUGGCGCUGUUGAAGAAAUACACGAAAUCACAGAAAUAACUGAGUUGCCUGACACGUCGGUAGAAGUGGUUGAUGUUCCGGAAGAGACAACCGUCGAAGAAAUCGAUACACCUGAGGACAAACUAGUAUCGUCGGAGCAAGCAACCAUUAUCGAAGAAUAUCCAGACACAGUCCAAAUUACAGAGGUUCAGACUGAAACUGGUGAAACGCGUACCGUCAAAACAAAGAAACGUCGAGUCAAGGGUAAAGAUGGCGCUGUUGAAGAAAUACACGAAAUCACAGAAACAACUGAGUUGCCCGACACAUCGGUAGAAGUGUUCGAAAUUCCGGAAGAGACAACCGUCGAAGAAAUCAAUACACCUGAGGAGGUUCAUACCGAAACCGGUGAAAUGCGUACCGUCAAAACAAAGAAACGUCGAGUCAAGGGUAAAGAUGGCGCUGUUGAAGAAAUACACGAAAUCACAGAAACAACUGAGUUGCCCGACACGUCGGUAGAAGUGUUCGAAAUUCCGGAAGAGACAACCGUCGAAGAAAUCGAUACACCUGAGGACAAACUAGUAUCGCCGGAGCAAGCAACCAUUAUCGAAGAAUCUCCAGACACAGUCCAAAUUACAGAGGUUCAUACUGAAACUGGUGAAACGCGUACCGUCAAAACAAAGAAACGUAGAGUCAAGGGUAAAGACGGCGCUGUUGAAGAAAUACACGAAAUCACUGAAACAACUGAGUUGCCCGACACGUCGGUAGAAGUGGUCAAAAUUCCGGAAGAGACAACCGUCGAAGAAAUCGAUACACCUGAUGGUAAUUUGACAAUCAAACCUACCAAAAAACGCAUAAAGAAGACAAAACACAUUCAAACGCCACAGGACAAAACAGACGACACUGUCACAGACGAAACACUUCCUCUUACUGACGAGCAAUUAUCGCCAGAGCAAGCAACCCUUAUCGAAGAAUCUCCCGACACAGUCCAAAUUACAGAGGUUCAUACCGAAACCGGUGAAAUGCGUACCGUCAAAACAAAGAAACGUCGAGUCAAGGGUAAAGAUGGCGCUGUUGAAGAAAUACACGAAAUCACUGAAACAACUGAGUUGCCCGACACGUCGGUAGAAGUGGUGGAAGUUCCGGAAGAGACAACCGUCGAAGAAAUCGAUACACCUGAGGGUAAAUUGACUAUCAAAACUACCAAAAAACGCACAAAGAAGACAAAACACAUUCGAAUGCCACAGGACAUAACAGAGGACACUGUCACAGACGAAACUCUUCCACUUACAGACAAGCAAGUAUCGCCAGAGCAAGCAACCAUUAACGAAGAAUCUCCCGACACAGUCCAAAUUACAGAGGUUCAGACUGAAACUGGUGAAACGCGUACCCUCAAAACAAAGAAACGUCGAGUCAAGGGUAAAGACGGCGCUGUUGAAGAAAUACACGAAAUCACGGAAAUAAACGAGUUGCCCGACACGUCAGUAGAAGUGGUUGAAGUACCAGACGAGAUAACCGUCGAAGAAAUCGAUACACCUGAGGGUAAGUUGACUAUCAAAACUACCAAAAAACGCACAAAGAAGACAAAACACAUUCGAACGCCACAUGACAUAACAGACGACACUGUCACAGACGAAACACUUCCUCUUACUGACGAGCAAUUAUCGCCAGAGCAAGCAACCCUUAUCGAAGAAUCUCCCGACACAGUCCAAAUUACAGAGGUUCAUACCGAAACCGGUGAAAUGCGUACCGUCAAAACAAAGAAACGUCGAGUCAAGGGUAAAGAUGGCGCUGUUGAAGAAAUACACGAAAUCACUGAAACAACUGAAUUGCCCGACACGUCGGUAGAAGUGGUGGAAGUCCCGGAAGAGACAACCGUCGAAGAAAUCGAUACACCUGAGGGUAAGUUGACUAUCAAAACUACCAAAAAAUGCACAAAGAAGACAAAACACAUUCUAAUGCCACAAGACAUAACAGAAGACACUGUCACAGACGAAACACUUCCUCUUACUGACGAGCAAGUAUCGCCAGAGCAAGCAACCCUUACCGAAGAAUCUCCCGACACAGUCCAAAUUACAGAGGUUCAGACUGAAAAUGGUGAAACGCGUACCGUUAAAACAAAGAAACGUCGAGUCAAGGGUAAAGACGGCGCUUUUGAAGAAAUACACGAAAUCACAGAAAUAACCGAGUUGCCCGACACGUCGGUAGAAGUGGUUGAAGUACCGGAAGAGACAACCGUCGAAGAAAUCGAUACACCUGAGGGUAAGUUGGUUAUCAAAACUACCAAAAAACGCACAAAGAAGACAAAACACAUUCGAACGCCACAGGACAUAACAAAGGACACUGUCACAGACGAAACUCUUCCACUUACAGACAAACAAGUAUCGACAGAGCAAGCAACCCUUACCGAAGAAUCUCCCGACACAGUCCAAAUUACAGAGGUUCAGACUGAAACUGGUGAAACGCGUACCGUUAAAACAAAGAAACGUCGAGUCAAGGGUAAAGAUGGCGCUGUUGAAGAAAUACACGAAAUCGCAGAAACAACCGAGUUACCCGACACGUCGGUAGAAGUGGUCGAAAUUCCGGAAGAGACAACCGUCGAAGAAAUCCAUACACCUGAGGGUAAGUUGACUAUCAAAACUACCAAAAAACGCACAAAGAAGACAAAACACAUUCGAACGCCACAUGACAUAACAGACGACACUGUCACAGACGAAACACUUCCUCUUACUGACGAGCAAUUAUCGCCAGAGCAAGCAACCCUUAUCGAAGAAUCUCCCGACACAGUCCAAAUUACAGAGGUUCAUACUGAAACCGGUGAAAUGCGUACCGUCAAAACAAAGAAACGUCGAGUCAAGGGUAAAGAUGGCGCUGUUGAAGAAAUACACGAAAUCACUGAAACAACUGAGUUGCCCGACACGUCGGUAGAAGUGGUGGAAGUUCCGGAAGAGACAACCGUCGAAGAAAUCGAUACACCUGAGGGUAAAUUGACUAUCAAAACUACCAAAAAACGCACAAAGAAGACAAAACACAUUCGAACGCCACAGGACAUAACAGAGGACACUGUCACAGACGAAACUCUUCCACUUACAGACAAGCAAGUAUCGCCAGAGCAAGCAACCAUUAACGAAGAAUCUCCCGACACAGUCCAAAUUACAGAGGUUCAGACUGAAACUGGUGAAACGCGUACCCUCAAAACAAAGAAACGUCGAGUCAAGGGUAAAGACGGCGCUGUUGAAGAAAUACACGAAAUCACGGAAAUAAACGAGUUGCCCGACACGUCAGUAGAAGUGGUUGAAGUACCAGACGAGAUAACCGUCGAAGAAAUCGAUACACCUGAGGGUAAGUUGACUAUCAAAACUACCAAAAAACGCACAAAGAAGACAAAACACAUUCGAACGCCACAUGACAUAACAGACGACACUGUCACAGACGAAACACUUCCUCUUACUGACGAGCAAUUAUCGCCAGAGCAAGCAACCCUUAUCGAAGAAUCUCCCGACACAGUCCAAAUUACAGAGGUUCAUACCGAAACCGGUGAAAUGCGUACCGUCAAAACAAAGAAACGUCGAGUCAAGGGUAAAGAUGGCGCUGUUGAAGAAAUACACGAAAUCACUGAAACAACUGAGUUGCCCGACACGUCGGUAGAAGUGGUGGAAGUCCCGGAAGAGACAACCGUCGAAGAAAUCGAUACACCUGAGGACGAGCAAGUAUCGCCAGAGCAAGCAACCCUUACCGAAGAAUCUCCCGACACAGUCCAAAUUACAGAGGUUCAGACUGAAAAUGGUGAAACGCGUACCGUUAAAACAAAGAAACGUCGAGUCAAGGGUAAAGACGGCGCUUUUGAAGAAAUACACGAAAUCACAGAAAUAACCGAGUUGCCCGACACGUCGGUAGAAGUGGUUGAAGUACCGGAAGAGACAACCGUCGAAGAAAUCGAUACACCUGAGGGUAAGUUGGUUAUCAAAACUACCAAAAAACGCACAAAGAAGACAAAACACAUUCGAACGCCACAGGACAUAACAAAGGACACUGUCACAGACGAAACUCUUCCACUUACAGACAAACAAGUAUCGACAGAGCAAGCAACCCUUACCGAAGAAUCUCCCGACACAGUCCAAAUUACAGAGGUUCAGACUGAAACUGGUGAAACGCGUACCGUUAAAACAAAGAAACGUCGAGUCAAGGGUAAAGAUGGCGCUGUUGAAGAAAUACACGAAAUCGCAGAAACAACCGAGUUACCCGACACGUCGGUAGAAGUGGUCGAAAUUCCGGAAGAGACAACCGUCGAAGAAAUCCAUACACCUGAGGAGGUUCAUACCGAAACCGGUGAAAUGCGUACCGUCAAAACAAAGAAACGUCGAGUCAAGGGUAAAGAUGGCGCUGUUGAAGAAAUACACGAAAUCACUGAAACAACUGAGUUGCCCGACACGUCGGUAGAAGUGGUGGAAGUUCCGGAAGAGACAACCGUCGAAGAAAUCGAUACACCUGAGGGUAAGUUGACUAUCAAAACUACCAAAAAACGCACAAAGAAGACAAAACACAUUCGAAUGCCACAGGACAUAACAGAGGACACUGUCACAGACGAAACUCUUCCACUUACAGACAAGCAAGUAUCGCCAGAGCAAGCAACCAUUAACGAAGAAUCUCCCGACACAGUCCAAAUUACAGAGGUUCAGACUGAAACUGGUGAAACGCGUACCCUCAAAACAAAGAAACGUCGAGUCAAGGGUAAAGACGGCGCUGUUGAAGAAAUACACGAAAUCACAGAAAUAAACGAGUUGCCCGACACGUCAGUAGAAGUGGUUGAAGUACCAGACGAGAUAACCGUCGAAGAAAUCGAUACACCUGAGGAGGUUCAGACUGAAACUGGUGAAACGCGUACCGUCAAAACAAAGAAACGUCGAGUCAAGGGUAAAGAUGGCGCUGUUGAAGAAAUUCACGAAAUCACAGAAAUAACCGAGUUGCCCGACACGUCGGUAGAAGUGGUUGAAGUACCGGAAGAGACAACCGUCGAAGAAAUCGAUACACCUGAGGAGGUUCAUACUGAAACCGGUGAAACGCGUACUGUCAAAACAAAGAAACGUCGAGUCAAGGGUAAUGAUGGCGCUGUUGAAGAAAUACACGAAAUCACAGAAAUAACCGAGUUGCCCGACACGUCGGUAGAAGUGGUUGAAAUACCGGAAGAGACAACCGUCGAAGAAAUCGAUACACCUGAGGACAAACUAGUAUCGCCGGAGCAAGCAACCAUUAUCGAAGAAUCUCCAGACACAGUCCAAAUUACAGAGGUUCAGACUGAAACUGGUGAAACGCGUACCCUCAAAACAAAGAAACGUCGAGUCAAGGGUAAAGAUGGCGCUGUUGAAGAAAUUCACGAAAUCACAGAAAUAACCGAGUUGCCCGACACGUCGGUAGAAGUGGUUGAAAUACCGGAAGAGACAACCGUCGAUGAAAUCGAUACACCUGAGGAGGUUCAGACUGAAACUGGUGAAACGCGUACCGUCAAAACAAAGAAACGUCGAGUCAAGGGUAAAGAUGGCGCUGUUGAAGAAAUUCACGAAAUCACAGAAAUAACCGAGUUGCCCGACACGUCGGUAGAAGUGGUUGAAGUACCGGACGAGACAACCGUCGAAGAAAUCGAUACACCUGAGGACAAACUAGUAUCGCCGGAGCAAGCAACCAUUAUCGAAGAAUCUCCAGACACAGUCCAAAUUACAGAGGUUCAGACUGAAACUGGUGAAACGCGUACCGUCAAAACAAAGAAACGUCGAGUCAAGGGUAAAGAUGGCGCUGUUGAAGAAAUUCACGAAAUCACAGAAAUAACCGAGUUGCCCGACACGUCGGUAGAAGUGGUUGAAGUACCGGAAGAGACAACCGUCGAAGAAAUCGAUACACCUGAGGACAAACUAGUAUCGCCGGAGCAAGCAACCAUUAUCGAAGAAUCUCCAGACACAGUCCAAAUUACAGAGGUUCAGACUGAAACUGGUGAAACGCGUACCGUCAAAACAAAGAAACGUCGAGUCAAGGGUAAAGAUGGCGCUGUUGAAGAAAUUCACGAAAUCACAGAAAUAACCGAGUUGCCCGACACGUCGGUAGAAGUGGUUGAAGUACCGGACGAGACAACCGUCGAAGAAAUCGAUACACCUGAGGAGGUUCAGACUGAAACUGGUGAAACGCGUACCGUCAAAACAAAGAAACGUCGAGUCAAGGGUAAAGAUGGAGCUGUUGAAGAAAUACACGAAAUCACAGAAAUAACCGAGUUGCCCGACACGUCGGUAGAAGUGGUAGAAGUACCGGAAGAGACAACCGUCGAAGAAAUCGAUACACCUGAGGGUAAGUUGGUUAUCAAAACUACCAAAAAACGCACAAAGAAGACAAAACACAUUCGAACGCCACAUGACAUAACAGAUGACACUGUCACAGACGAAACACUUCCACUAGCUGACAAGCAAGUAUCGCCGGAGCAAGCAACUAUUAUCGAAGAAUCUCCAGACACAGUCCAAAUUACAGAGGUUCAGACUGAAACUGGUGAAACGCGUACCGUCAAAACAAAGAAACGUCGAGUCAAGGGUAAAGAUGGCGCUGUUGAAGAAAUACACGAAAUCACAGAAAUAACCGAGUUGCCCGACACGUCGGUAGAAGUGGUUGAAGUACCGGAAGAGACAACCGUCGAAGAAAUCGAUACACCUGAGGGUAAGUUGGUUAUCAAAACUACCAAAAAACGCACAAAGAAGACAAAACACAUUCGAACGCCACAUGACAUAACAGAUGACACUGUCACAGACGAAACACUUCCACUAGCUAAUAAGCAAGUAUCGCCGGAGCAAGCAACCAUUAUCGAAGAAUCUCCCGACACAGUCCAAAUUACAGAGGUUCAGACUGAAACUGGUGAAACGCGUACCGUCAAAACAAAGAAACGUCGAGUCAAGGGUAAAGAUGGCGCUGUUGAAGAAAUUCACGAAAUCACAGAAAUAACCGAGUUGCCCGACACGUCGGUAGAAGUGGUUGAAGUACCGGACGAGACAACCGUCGAAGAAAUCGAUACACCUGAGGACAAACUAGUAUCGCCGGAGCAAGCAACCAUUAUCGAAGAAUCUCCAGACACAGUCCAAAUUACAGAGGUUCAGACUGAAACUGGUGAAACGCGUACCGUCAAAACAAAGAAACGUCGAGUCAAGGGUAAAGAUGGCGCUGUUGAAGAAAUUCACGAAAUCACAGAAAUAACCGAGUUGCCCGACACGUCGGUAGAAGUGGUUGAAGUACCGGAAGAGACAACCGUCGAAGAAAUCGAUACACCUGAGGGUAAGUUGGUUAUCAAAACUACCAAAAAACGCACAAAGAAGUCAAAACACAUUCGAACGCCACAUGACAUAACAGAUGACACUGUCACAGACGAAACACUUCCACUAGCUGAUAAGCAAGUAUCGCCGGAGCAAGCAACCAUUAUCGAAGAAUCUCCCGACACAGUCCAAAUUACAGAGGUUCAGACUGAAACUGGUGAAACGCGUACCGUCAAAACAAAGAAACGUCGAGUCAAGGGUAAAGAUGGCGCUGUUGAAGAAAUUCACGAAAUCACAGAAAUAACCGAGUUGCCCGACACGUCGGUAGAAGUGGUUGAAGUACCGGACGAGACAACCGUCGAAGAAAUCGAUACACCUGAGGAGGUUCAGACUGAAACUGGUGAAACGCGUACCGUCAAAACAAAGAAACGUCGAGUCAAGGGUAAAGAUGGCGCUGUUGAAGAAAUUCACGAAAUCACAGAAAUAACCGAGUUGCCCGACACGUCGGUAGAAGUGGUUGAAGUACCGGAAGAGACAACCGUCGAAGAAAUCGAUACACCUGAGGGUAAGUUGGUUAUCAAAACUACCAAAAAACGCACAAAGAAGUCAAAACACAUUCGAACGCCACAUGACAUAACAGAUGACACUGUCACAGACGAAACACUUCCACUAGCUGAUAAGCAAGUAUCGCCGGAGCAAGCAACCAUUAUCGAAGAAUCUCCAGACACAGUCCAAAUUACAGAGGUUCAGACUGAAACUGGUGAAACGCGUACCGUCAAAACAAAGAAACGUCGAGUCAAGGGUAAAGAUGGAGCUGUUGAAGAAAUACACGAAAUCACAGAAAUAACCGAGUUGCCCGACACGUCGGUAGAAGUGGUUGAAGUACCGGAAGAGACAACCGUCGAAGAAAUCGAUACACCUGAGGACGAAACACUUCCACUAGCUGACAAGCAAGUAUCGCCGGAGCAAGCAACCAUUAUCGAAGAAUCUCCAGACACAGUCCAAAUUACAGAGGUUCAGACUGAAACUGGUGAAACGCGUACCGUCAAAACAAAGAAACGUCGAGUCAAGGGUAAAGAUGGCGCUGUUGAAGAAAUACACGAAAUCACAGAAAUAACCGAGUUGCCCGACACGUCGGUAGAAGUGGUUGAAGUACCGGACGAGACAACCGUCGAAGAAAUUGAUACACCUGUGGACAAACUAGUAUCGUCGGAGCAAGCAACCAUUAUCGAAGAAUCUCCAGACACAGUCCAAAUUACAGAGGUUCAGACUGAAACUGGUGAAACGCGUACCGUCAAAACAAAGAAACGUCGAGUCAAGGGUAAAGAUGGCGCUGUUGAAGAAAUUCACGAAAUCACAGUAAUAUCCGAGUUGCCCGACACAUCGGUAGAAGUGGUUGAAGUACCGGACGAGACAACCGUCGAAGACAUCGAUACACCUGAGGGUAAGUUGGUUAUCAAAACUACCAAAAAACGCACAAAGAAGACAAAACACAUUCGAACGCCACAUGACAUAACAGAUGACACUGUCACAGACGAAACACUUCCACUAGCUGACAUGCAAGUAUCGCCGGAGCAAGCAACCAUUAUCGAAGAAUCUCCAGACACAGUCCAAAUUACAGAGGUUCAGACUGAAACUGGUGAAACGCGUACCGUCAAAACAAAGAAACGUCGAGUCAAGGGUAAAGAUGGCACUGUUGAAGAAAUACACGAAAUCACAGAAAUAACCGAGUUGCCCGACACGUCAAUAGAAGUGGUUGAAGUACCGGACGAGACAACCGUCGAAGAAAUCGAUACACCUGAGGAGGUUCAGACUGAAACUGGUGAAACGCGUACAGUCAAAACAAAAAAACGUCGAGUCAAGGGUAAAGAUGGCGCUGUUGAAGAAAUUCACGAAAUCACAGUAAUAUCCGAGUUGCCCGACACAUCGGUAGAAGUGGUUGAAGUACCGGACGAGACAACCGUCGAAGACAUCGAUACACCUGAGGAGGUUCAGACUGAAACUGGUGAAACGCGUACCGUCAAAACAAAGAAACGUCGAGUCAAGGGUAAAGAUGGCGCUGUUGAAGAAAUUCACGAAAUCACAGAAAUAACCGAGUUGCCCGACACGUCGGUAGAAGUGGUUGAAGUACCGGACGAGACAACCGUCGAAGAAAUCGAUACACCUGAGGACAAACUAGUAUCGCCGGAGCAAGCAACCAUUAUCGAAGAAUCUCCAGACACAGUCCAAAUUACAGAGGUUCAGACUGAAACUGGUGAAACGCGUACCGUCAAAACAAAGAAACGUCGAGUCAAGGGUAAAGAUGGCGCUGUUGAAGAAAUUCACGAAAUCACAGAAAUAACCGAGUUGCCCGACACGUCGGUAGAAGUGGUUGAAGUACCGGAAGAGACAACCGUCGAAGAAAUCGAUACACCUGAGGGUAAGUUGGUUAUCAAAACUACCAAAAAACGCACAAAGAAGUCAAAACACAUUCGAACGCCACAUGACAUAACAGAUGACACUGUCACAGACGAAACACUUCCACUAGCUGAUAAGCAAGUAUCGCCGGAGCAAGCAACCAUUAUCGAAGAAUCUCCAGACACAGUCCAAAUUACAGAGGUUCAGACUGAAACUGGUGAAACGCGUACCGUCAAAACAAAGAAACGUCGAGUCAAGGGUAAAGAUGGCGCUGUUGAAGAAAUACACGAAAUCACAGAAAUAACCGAGUUGCCCGACACGUCGGUAGAAGUGGUAGAAGUACCGGAAGAGACAACCGUCGAAGAAAUCGAUACACCUGAGGACAAACUAGUAUCGUCGGAGCAAGCAACCAUUAUCGAAGAAUCUCCAGACACAGUCCAAAUUACAGAGGUUCAGACUGAAACUGGUGAAACGCGUACCGUCAAAACAAAGAAACGUCGAGUCAAGGGUAAAGAUGGCACUGUUGAAGAAAUACACGAAAUCACAGAAAUAACCGAGUUGCCCGACACGUCGGUAGAAGUGGUUGAAGUACCGGACGAGACAACCGUCGAAGAAAUCGAUACACCUGAGGGUAAGUUGACUAUCAAAACUACCAAAAAACGCACAAAGAAGACAAAACACAUUCGAACGCCACAUGACAUAACAGACGACACUGUCACAGACGAAACUCUUCCACUUACAGACAAACUAGUAUCGCCGGAGCAAGCAACCAUUAUCGAAGAAUCUCCAGACACAGUCCAAAUUAUAGAGGUUCAGACUGAAACUGGUGAAACGCGUACCGUCAAAAUAAAGAAACGUCGAGUCAAGGAUAAAGAUGGCGCUGUUGAAGAAAUACACGAAAUCACAGAAAUAACCGAGUUGCCCGACACGUCGGUAGAAGUGGUUGAAGUACCGGACGAGACAACCGUCGAAGAAAUCGAUACACCUGAGGGUAAGUUGACUAUCAAAACUACCAAAAAACGCACAAAGAAGUCAAAACACAUUCGACCGCCACAUGACAUAACAGGUGACACUGUCACAGACGAAACACUUCCACUAGCUGAUAAGCAAGUAUCGCCGGAGCAAGUAACCAUUAUCGAAGAAUCUCCAGACACAGUCCAAAUUACAGAGGUUCAGACUGAAACUGGUGAAACGCGUACCGUCAAAACAAAGAAACGUCGAGUCAAGGAUAAAGAUGGCGCUGUUGAAGAAAUACACGAAAUCACAGAAAUAACCGAGUUGCCCGACACGUCGGUAGAAGUGGUUGAAGUACCGGAAGAGACAUCCGUCGAAGAAAUCGAUACACCUGAGGGUAAGUUGGUUAUCAAAACUACCAAAAAACGCACAAAGAAGACAAAACACAUUCGAACGCCACAUGACAUAACAGAUGACACCGUCUCAGACGAAACACUUCCACUAGCUGACAAGCAAGUAUCGCCGGAGCAAGCAACCAUUAUCGAAGAAUCUCCAGACACAGUCCAAAUUACAGAGGUUCAGACUGAAACUGGUGAAACGCGUACCGUCAAAACAAAGAAACGUCGAGUCAAGGGUAAAGAUGGCGCUGUUGAAGAAAUACACGAAAUAGCAGAAACAACCGAGUUACCCGACACGUCGGUAGAAGUGGUUGAAAUUCCGGAAGAGACAACCGUCGAAGAAAUCGAUACACCUGAGGACAAACUAGUAUCGCCGGAGCAAGCAACCAUUAUCGAAGAAUCUCCAGACACAGUCCAAAUUACAGAGGUUCAGACUGAAACUGGUGAAACGCGUACCGUCAAAACAAAGAAACGUCGAGUCAAGGGUAAAGAUGGCGCUGUUGAAGAAAUUCACGAAAUCACAGAAAUAACCGAGUUGCCCGACACGUCGGUAGAAGUGGUUGAAAUACCGGAAGAGACAACCGUCGAAGAAAUCGAUACACCUGAGGAGGUUCAGACUGAAACUGGUGAAACGCGUACCGUCAAAACAAAGAAACGUCGAGUCAAGGGUAAAGAUGGCGCUGUUGAAGAAAUACACGAAAUCACAGAAAUAACCGAGUUGCCCGACACGUCGGUAGAAGUGGUUGAAGUACCGGAAGAGACAACCGUCGAAGAAAUCAAUACACCUGAGGGUAAGUUGGUUAUCAAAACUACCAAAAAACGCACAAAGAAGACAAAACACAUUCCAACGCCACAUGACAUAACAGAUGACACUGUCACAGACGAAACACUUCCACUAGCUGAUAAGCAAGUAUCGCCGGAGCAAGCAACCAUUCUCGAAGAAUCUCCCGACACAGUCCAAAUUACAGAGGUUCAGACUGAAACUGGUGAAACGCGUACCGUCAAAACAAAGAAACGUCGAGUCAAGGGUAAAGAUGGCGCUGUUGAAGAAAUUCACGAAAUCACAGUAAUAUCCGAGUUGCCCGACACAUCGGUAGAAGUGGUUGAAGUACCGGACGAGACAACCGUCGAAGAAAUUGAUACGCCUGAGGACAAACUCGUAUCGCCAGAGCAAGCAACCCUUAUCGAAGAAUCUCCCGACACAGUCCAAAUUACAGAGUUACAGACUGAAACUGGUGAAAAGCGAACCUCCAAAACAAAGAAACGCAGAGUCAAGGGUAAAGAUGGCACGGUUGAAGAAAUACACGAAAUCACAGAAACAACAGAGCUGCCCGACACAUCGGUAGAUGUGGUUGAAGUUCCGGAAGAGACAACCGUCGCAGAAAUCGAUUCCCCUGAGGACAAACAAAUAUCGCCAGAGCAAGCAACCCUUAUCGAAGAAUCUACCGAUACAGUCCAAAUUACCGAGGUUCAGACUGAAACUGGUAAAACGCGUCCUGACAAAACAAAGAAACGCCAAGUUAAGUGUAAAGAUGGCGCUUUUGAAGAAAUACACGAAGAAAUGGAUACACCUGUAGUUUACGAAAAAACUGAGGAUGGGACGACAGAAGAUGGGAAGACACCUGACCAGAUGCCUGAAAAGCCUCUUGAGCCGUCUACGAAACGGAAACUAAAGCUAAAACCACAGAAAAUUGAAGUUAUACAAAUAAGCCAACCUCAAAAGGCGAGUGAGUUGCCAGAACCUCAGUUUACCACCUUGAAACUUAAAAAACCAUCACAAAAACCUAAACAAGAGGUAAAAGUAGCAACAUUACCGAAGUUCCAAUUAAAAAGCAGGAUAAGAUUCAUAAGUGAUUGGCCACCUAGUGUUGUAAUGCCUUUAAUCACUACAAUAGGAAGUAUUAAACAAAACGGUGAACUAUCACGAAAUAUUAAAGACGCUCAAAAAAUAAGAAAGAAGCAUAAGAUAGACAAAUUACCGGAUCUAGAAAGACCUGAUUUAGAAGUUAUUGAAGAUGUAUCUUUUGAUAGUAAUAAAGCUUUACUUAAACCUGAUGAUGGACUGGAAACUCCUAAAGUGGAAAUCCCUAUGAAUAUCUCGAAACCUAGCGAUCUUACAGAAACCAGCAGAGCUAAAAAAUUGAUACCAAUGAAAAUUGAAAAAAAACUAUUGGAAGUAGAUAAGCCUCAACAUGCUGAGAGUACUGAAGGGCCGCAAUUCAUGCAACUUAAAUUAAAAAAGGCUGUUCCAAAACAAAAACAGGAUAGCACACUUGUCAAAAUACCCAAAUUGCAAUUAAAAAGCCGGAUAAAAUUUAUAAAUGAUUGGCCACCAGAAAUCAAAAAACUUUCAUUUACUAUAAUAGACAGUAUACGACAAAAUGGUAUUUUGUCAAGAAAUAUAAAAGAUGCAGCAAAAAUUAAGAAAAAACCAAUUAAAGAACCAAAUCUUCCCAAUAUAGAAAUAACAGAACUCGAAAAGCCAAUGUUUACUCAUGAAGAUCUUAUUGAGAGCAAAGAAAAAAUACCCGAGUUAUACAACGAAACACCGGAAGAAAUUCUCGAACAGUUUACUAUAUUGCCUCGAAAGUCUAGUGGUAAAAAAGUAGAAGAAAUUGAAGAUGAGGUUACUAUAAAAAAGAAACUAAAACCGACUAGAAAAUCAUCUACUACUUUACCAGAAAUAACAGAACCCGAAAUAGUACUAUUCAGACCUAAAACAACUAAAACGCUCGAAGAUGUGGAACAAGAGUUUAAUAUUCAAUUGAAUUCGUAUGCCGAGGAAGAAAUAUCUAUGUCAAGUAAAGUUAAAUUGAAACAACCGAAGCUUACAACAUUUGGCGAAGAGGCAAGUGAAACUUCAAUUAAACUCUAUGAAGAAGAUAAUGAGACACCAGAAGCAAUUGUUAUUUCUGAUGCAGAAGAUGACAAUAUAAAAGAACCAGUUGAUAUUGUGUUGUCUAUGAAAACGGUUGAUAAGAAAAAAAUUGUCGAAGAUGAUACUUCUGUUAUAAUAACAAAACCGAAACCAUCUACUGAAAUAUCAGAAAUAAGUGAAGAUGUCAACAUUAUUCUGCAGAAAAAGCCUGAAUAUAUCGUUGAUAAUCAAGAAGAAGUAGCAUUCGAUAUAAAACAAACAGUUGACCAGUUCAAGGAAGAAGAUAUUUCACUUUCAAGCAAAAUUAAACUUAAAUCAAAAACAAAAUUAAGUAAAUCAGAAGCUGCGGAUGAAGUUUUAAUAAAAUUACAUCAAGAAAAUAUUGAUCAAGAUAUUAAUGAAUUCGAUGAAAUAAUUAUAAGCGAUGGUGACGUUGAAGAAAAUGUCGAAAUGGUGAUCAAACGCAAACCGAAAAAAGCGCCCUAUGAAGUUAGUGAGGUAGAAGAGUUAAGUGUAGAGUUAAAGCCAAAAAAAAUCACCGCGUCGCUGUUUGACGACGAAAUACUUACAGUAUCAACAAAACGAAAAUCAAAGAAACCGUUAACAGUGCAAGAAGCAGAUGUUACAAUGAAUAUAUCGAGAGAACAAGAGUUCCCAGAAACGCCAGUAAAUGUUCGAUGUGGUGAUAUAGUAUUUGCAGUUUAUUCAUAUAUAGCAGAAAGUGAUGAAGCUAUAAAUCUAGUAGAGGGCGAACGACUAUAUAUACUGGAUACAACGAACCAAGAUUGGUGGUACGUUCGAAAGCAUUUAACAGAAGAAAUUGGUUGGGUGCCAGCACAGUAUCUGAUGGAUGAAGAAACCUACACUUUAUAUUUACAGAAAAAAUUAAACGAAAAAAUUGAUAAGCUGCCAGUUUUUGAAAAACCUACAUCCGAAGAACAAGCUAUAGCCCCAAUAUUUGUUGAAAAACUCAGACCAAAACAUACGCCAGAUGGCUCAACCGUUCAAUUUGAAUGUCAGGUGGAGGGAUAUCCUAGGCCUCAAAUCACUUGGUUCCGACAAACGGCCAUUAUUAAACCAUCUCAAGAUUUCCAAAUGUAUUACGAUGAUGACAAUGUCGCAACACUAGUCAUUCGUGAAGUUUUCCCGGAGGACGCUGGAACCUUCACAUGUGUGGCAAAGAACGCAGCUGGCUUCGCCUCAAGUACUACUGAGUUAAUCGUAGAAGCUCCCCUUUCAGAUCAUGGCUCAGAAAUGACUAUUCUAUCUAGGAAGAGCCUGUCCAGAGAAUCUUCUUUAGCUGAUAUUUUAGAAGGUAUACCCCCUACAUUCUCAAAACGUCCUAAAGCGCAAUACGUUGACGAGCGGUCUGAUAUAUAUCUCGAGUGUCGUUUGGUCGCAAUACCUGAACCAGACAUAACAUGGCUUUUCAAAAAUGAAGAAAUUAUUCCUAGUGAUAAUAUAUCUAUUGUUACUGAAUCAGAUAUGCAUAUGUACUGUAGUGUAUUAAAAAUAUCUAAUGUAAGAAAACAUCAAGAAGGCACUUACACAGUACUGGCAGUAAACAGAGAAGGUGAAGCUAGCUUACCAAUUGUACUCAAAAUAAAAACAGGCGAAAAAGAGAAACCACAAGUUAUUGAACCAUUGAAAAAUAUGACUAUAAGGCAGGGCGAAAGUUUUGUUCUUACAGCACAAGUGGUAGGAAACCCAGCACCGAAAGUUGCGUGGUUUAAAAACCAUAAACCUCUUAAUUCCCUUCCAAUCAAAUCCGAUGGAAACGUGCACUCAGUAACUAUAAUUAAGCCUACAAAAGGAAAGGAUGAUGGAGUUUACACACUAAAAGCUGUUAAUUCUGAAGGUGGAACAGAAACCAAUGCUGUUAUUGUAAUAGAAGAACCAACCGAAGAAAAUUCCGAACCUCCACUUUUCAUUCACCGAUUCCAAGAGAUAACAGUAAAAGAGAAAGAAACCAUUAAAUUAAACGCUAAAGUUACAGGUAACCCUGUCCCAUCUAUUACUUGGUAUAGAAAUAAUAAAAUUCUUACUCCAUCUGAAACAGUAACACAAAGAUUUGACGGAGAAAAUAUAGAAUUAAUUAUAUCAAAUGUAGAUUCUGAAAUAGAUUCAGGUGACUAUAAAUGCGUCGCUUCUAAUAGUGCUGGAAAAGCAUCACAUGGCGCUAAAGUAACAAUCGACGUAGAAAAAGUCACUUUUGUAAAAAAAUUAAAAACAGAGUAUGAAAUAGAGGAAGGUAAGACAGUUAUUUUAGAAUGUGAAACAUCCCACACCGUAUCCACAAAGUGGUAUCAUAACGCCAAGGAGCUAAGUGGCAUGGACCAUAGAGAAAUUAUUCAAGAGGGUAGAGUUCACAAACUUAGAAUUAAAAAGGCAAAGAUCACGGAUGAAGGAACAUUUAGAUGUAUUGUUAAGGGCCAAGAAACAAGUGCAAAUGUAAAAGUAUAUGAAACGGUUCCAGAAUUUAUUAGGAGACUGCAAGACUUUGAGGUUAAAGAAAGAGAUGUCGCUAUUUUAGAAGUCGAAAUUAAUUCGGAAACCGCUGAAGUUUACUGGGAAAAAGAUGGUGAAAUCCUUAAACCUAAAAAGAAUAAAUAUGAAGUUGAGAAACGUGGAAAUAUUCGUAAACUACUUAUUAGAAAUACCUCUGUGCAUGAUGAGGGUGAAUAUAUAUGUAAACUGCGGAAUGAUUCUUGUAGUGCUGAAAUUACAGUGGUUGAGUUGCCACCAGAAAUAAUAUCUCGUCUUCAAGACCAACGAGUCAAUAAGGGUUACAAAGCGACAUUUGAAAUUGAGCUUACAAAAGGUGAUGCUCUCGUUAGAUGGUUUAAAGAUAACUCGGAAAUACAAUUUUCAAAUCAUAUUCAACUGACUAUUGACGGAAAGAAACAAAAACUAAAAAUAUACGAUUGUGACUUAAAUGAUGGAGGAGAGUAUGCAUGUGAAGUAGGAAGUGACAGAUGUUCUGCAAAAUUAAGAGUUGACGAGCCAACGAUAGACUUUUCAAUGCGUCUUCCAGAAGUCAUUACUGUACCAGCGAACACCGAUGCCUACUUGACAGUUGUAAUACCUGAUGAAAUUAAUGAUGUUUUGUGGUAUAAACGUAAAACACUGAUUAAAGAUACAGAUAAAUUCACCUUGAUCAGAGAUGGCAAAAAUCGCACUCUAAUUAUUCGAAAAUGUAUUGAAGAUGAUCAGACAGAAUACUCUUGUGUCUUAUCGGAGGCGAGGUGUUCAACAAAAUUAAAAGUAGAAGUAAUCGAAUAUUCUCCAAAAGUGGUAUCAUAUGAGAAAGAAUACAGAGUAAAGCGGGGUAGUGACAUAACGAUAAAUGUAUUUUAUGAAGCUAAUCCACCACCAAAUGACGAAUGGGUCGUCAGCGCUAAAAUUAUAAAGAAAUCAAAACACAUGAAGCCGUCCAUUGAUUCCAAAGUGGCUAGUCUUACGAUAAAAAAUAUUGAACAUUCCGAUGCUGGUUUAUAUAGAUUAAAACUUCAGAAUAAUUGUGGUGAAGUGAAAAUUGAAACUAAACUCAUAGUUCUGGAUCAUCCAUCGCCUCCUGGGACUCCCAAAAUACUCGAAGUCGAUGACAACUUUGUUAAUCUAUUCUGGAGUAAACCUACUGAUACUGGAUAUUCAGAAAUUCAAUUUUAUAUUGUAGAGUACCAAGAGCAGAACACUACAGAAUGGAUUUCAAUCGAAAACGUCAAACUAAACCAAUAUUGCAUAGAAAACUUGAAGACGAAAUCGUCGUAUAGGUUCCGUGUAUUUGCUGUGAAUGAAGUCGGUGUAAGUGAAGCUUCAGAGGUAACAGAGUUCGUUAGAAUACAAAAAGUCAUUACUGGACAACCACCGACCGUAGAAAAUCCACUGAAAGACGUGAUAGCUGAACCUGGUGAGUGUGUGGAGCUAUCUUGUAUAUUUGGUGGAAUUCCUGAGCCAAAAGUAUCUUGGAUGAAAAACGGAAAGCAAUUAAAGACCGCAAAAGCUACUUACGUAAAUCGUGUGGCCACUCUUGUAAUAUCAAGUUCAAAAUCAAGCGAAGGCGAAUAUAAAUGUGUAGCAUUAAAUGAAUUUGGUGAGAUUUAUACAUCAUGCCAUGUAGAGCUACAAUUGAAGCCUGCUAUAAUAGUCUCAGAUGAUGAAAAAGAUCAAAAGAGUAAAAUAAAUAGUGAAUGGACGGUAGCUGCAACUAUAGAAGGAAUACCACGGCCGGAUAUUAUUUGGUAUAAGAACGGUACAAAAUUACAAACCACAAAAGAUAUAGAGAUCACUACCAGCGAAAAUAGAAGUACCAUACGUAUUAUAAGUUUAAAACGUACGCACAGUGGUAAAUAUACGAUUGAAGCUACUAACAAGGCUGGGAAAUCUUCUAUAGAUCUCUCACUUAAAGUGUUUGACAAACCAAGUAAACCUGAGGGACCAAUUAUAAUGCGAGAAAUUAGUAGGGAGUCCGUUACCAUAGAAUGGAAACCUCCAGUAGACGAUGGCGGACUUGAGCUGACUAAAUAUGCUAUCCAGAAGCAUGACCCUGAAGUUGACCAAUGGGUAAUGGUGGCUGACGUCAACAAAGAUGUAGAAACAUAUUGUAUUCAAAGACUGAACGAAAAUUGCGAAUACAUGUUCCGAAUUAUGGCGCAAAAUCCUAUUGGUGUAUCGGACGCUUUAGAAAGUGAACCGAUAGUUAUAAAGACUGCUUUAGACGUUCCAUCCCCACCCCUGGGUCCUCUCGGCAUAUAUGGUAUAGCCCAAAAUUCACUCACAUUGACAUGGAAUCCACCUGAAAAGAAUGGUGGUUCCAUUAUCCUUGACUAUACCAUAGAAAUAAAACAAGACAACAAAUACUGGACAAAUGUGGCUAUUGUACCAGAAACAUUGGCUGAUAUCGGAAAUCUCAUAACAAAUUCGACGUAUCAAUUUAGAAUAUACGCUCGAAAUGAAAUAGGAAAAAGUUUACCUUACGUUCCUGAGGAGAAAAUUACAAUUGGAAAGACGUUGUCUCCGCCUUCAAGACCGCAAAGAUUUAUAGUGAGAGACAUAACAUCAAGAUCUGUUACACUUCAGUGGAUGGUACCCGAUAGUGAUGGAGGCAGCCCAAUAACGAACUACAUUAUCGAAUACAAGACCGUGAAAGGUAAAUCAUGGUCAAAGCUCAUAACAGUUAGUGGAUCAGUAUUCGAACACUGCAUAGAAAACCUUAAGGAGAAGGAACAAAUCGUUUUUCGAAUAUCCGCUGAGAAUGCGAUAGGUGUUAGUUUGCCCACGCAGUCGCAAAACGUUCGCUUGGACAAACAUGCAACCGUGCCUUCACCUCCCACCGCGCCAUUGGAGAUCCGAAUGGUCGGUAACAACAUGGUGAUGACGUCAUGGGGCACACCGGAAUGGGAUGGUGGAGCCCCACUUCAAGGGUACAACAUUGCUAUCCGUGACGUCACAAAGACCAUGUGGAUUGAAGUAGGAAAGGUCGAUGCGAAUAACCUGAAAUUCAAUAUUCGUGACUUGAAUGAGAACCACACAUACAUGGUACGGAUUUACGCCAGGAAUGAGAUCGGUCUCAGUGAGCCGCUGGAAUCAGACGAGGCCUUCAAAGUUCUACCUGGAGAAGAUUCUCACUACGACGAAGAGCCGGGCGAGUUUACAGAAGCAACGGAACCAACGUCCUUCAGUCAAACAACUACUUCCUGGCUUCGGGACCACAACAUGGACGCCGAUAUCCGCUCAUACGCGCGAGGCUCCCUGCUUAGGCGGGACGAGUACUUCUUCAGAAUAUGGUACUACGCCAAACAGCUGUUCAAAUGAACGAAUCCGUACAUACGUACAAUUACCUGUGAUAUCUCAACACAAAAACCAUUCUAGUUCACGUAUAGUUAUAGUUUAGCGCCAAAGCGUUCAUCCUUCAAUGUGUAGUUGAAGAUUAUUUAUUUUAGAGUAGGAGAUUAUUUAUUUAAAUUAUUUUGUAAAUAAAACCUUACCGUCGUUUGUUUCUCGUCUAAGGAGACGUUAAUAUAGGUGCAUAAUUUUCAUUUCGAUAAACGAGAUUCAAACUUGGCCAGAUUUUAUAUUUCAUUAAAAUGUUCAAUAAAUUGCUGUUAAUAUA